CUUAGAUCUUAACAUGAUGCUCUAUUCCAUUCAACACACUUUUUUUCAUUCACUGCCCUGCUCUGCACCCCUUCUACACAGAACAGCCUUUUUAAAGAAAGAAAGAAAGAAAAUGAAAAAUAUAUGCACCUGACCAGGCUCUGCUUUUGGCUGCUGGCAGCCAGCAUUGAACCCACUGCUCUGCUUAUCUCCAUCUGCUGCAUUCGUUGUGCCUUCUCCAGUAAUCAGGUAUCAGCUGAUUUUCCUAGUUCUGCACUAUUGCUACUCUGCUCUCAUUUUCUGGAGGCAAAUGUGUACGGCAUUGUGCCCUGCAAGGUCCCCAGUCACCUUGGUUGAGCUUCAUAUGUGCACAUAUGCUGUAUGGAGCCAUUCUUACAUGAGCUUUUACAUGAGUGCCAUUGUUCAGGAAAUUUUGCCCUUCGGUGGGAACUGGCUAUACAUUGUUUUUCUAUAUUGUGCUCAUGGAGGGAAGAACUAUUGUCUUCUUUUUUAAAAGAUUGUAGAUCGUUUUGCUAGUGGUAGAUUUAUGAUGAUCAGGAUAUUAAAUUCUGCUUCCCUCCCUGGUUGGGCCAUAAUGAAUAUUCCCCCCCCCCAUUUUUUUUGCUAUGUUAACCAGUCUUUGGCUGGAUCUAUACACAUCAAAAAAGUGUUUCAGGAAAACACAUUGUAAACUUUAUAAUGGGAAAUCAUGUUGGCGAAAGACAGGACUCCACAGCGCCAUUUGGUGCCACAGUGUUAUAACACAUAUUAAACACUUUUUAUUUACUAAUGUAGCUGAGUUCCUCGACUAAGAAGUGGGUUGAAUGCAUAUGGAGCGUGCAGUAGCAGCUCAGGAUCUUCAACAAGUCUUUUAUUUAUUUAUUUCACACAGCUCUUGAGUAACCGGUCAACGCAAACUGUGACUGCAGGCACAGAUAACAGCCCUGGAUCUCUGUUCAUGAAUUUGAUGAAGUAAGUAAUUUGAAUUCAGGUGUGUCAUUUAUGUUCACAACAACUGAAAUAAGGAAACAUUGUUGGAUCUUCACCCAGAGUGGCAAUUUGAUUCUGUUAUUUUAGCCACAGCUCAUUUUGGUUCACACUAAAGGCCCUCCAUUGUUCUUACAGCAAAAACAACAAUCCCCCACCGUGUUCUGGUGGGCUACCCAGAGCCCACCUGCCACUUGUAAGCUUAGCACAUGGGCUUCAGAGAACAUUCCAGCUGUCCCUUUCCCAGAUCUUUUCUGGAAGCAAAGUAUGUCAUUGGCAUCUUUACUGGGGCAGCCAUAAUUUGACCUAAAGGACUUAUUUAUUAUAGAUCUUGCUUGUGUAUACACUUUAUUGAACAUGUAAAACACCAGAUUAGUCCAUAAAAGGGCUAAAUUAUUAGAGCAGGAACUAGCCACUGAGGUUAAUGAAAAUAUAAUUAGUGCUGCUUGAGCUACAUGCUGUUGAAAGAAGGGUCAUAAAUCCUAUUAAUCUCUUUUUCACUCAAAAAUUAUUGACCUGACAGGCCACAACGGUGUGGUCUAUGUGUCCAUAUAGAGUUGAAGGCUCUUUCUUUCUUUCUUUCUUUCUUUCUUUCUUUCUUUCUUUCUCUCUCUCUCUCUCUCUCUUACUCUCCCUUCCUUCCUUCCUUCCUUCCUUCCUUCCUUCCUUCCUUCCUUCCUUCCUUUCCCUCCCUCCCUUUUGAAUCACAUUUUCAGUUUGUGUCAAAACCACAGGAGGAUCUGUUCUUGAGACAUAUACUGUGUCAUAUAAAAGUAAUGCCACAGGCUGGAUGUGAUGCAGGUUGAAAAUAUAUGUUUGUCUGAGAACAACCAAGAAGAGGCACCCACCACUUUGCAAUGGCCUCUUACCAGGCAAAAGCACACCCCCCCCCGAAAGAAAUGUGCAGGCCAGGGACCUGAUGGCUGAGAUGUUCCUGGAGAAGAAUGUCCUGGGAACUCCUGGGAUUUAGGACAGUCUCUCCCAGAGUCAUCAUGCCUGAUAGUUCCUUAUGUUGACUGAAGGAAAGUGAUCUAGGCUUUCCAACCGACCAAUCUCUAAGUUCAAAGCUUUUGCCCAUUCACUGCUGCCAGGGAAUUUGCUGGGACUUAGCCACAUUAGGAUGCCUUAGGCAUGUUGCCCCAUACACUUAAGCAUGCAUUUGGGUAUGUUACUGAUCAUUAAAUUGCAACUUAAUUUUCUUUGUGAACCAGUAGUGUUUUUUUAUUGUAGUAUAUUAAUUAGUACUCAUUAAUGAUCUUUUAAUCGAAAUCAGGAAAUGUGAUGCUAAAAUCAUUCAACAGCCAAUCUUCAAAUCAAAUUGGGCUGUUAAUGGUGGGGGUGGAAGGAGCUGUGGCUUGAGGAAACUUCUAAAAUUUCAAAGAACUCCAUAAAAUGACUUAGCCCUUCUACAAAAAUGAACUCUUACCAUUGAAUAGGUUUCAAAUGAGUUCUAAAUACUUUGUGUUAUCAAAGCGCAAUUUACAGAAUUAAAUGUAGUUAAUAUUCAGAGCCAAGUCAGGUUGUUUCUUUGUUUACAACAAGAUUGGGAUUAAGAAUAAAGUAAAAUGAAAUGCAAUGGUAAUCGAAAAUAUCUAAAAUCAGUGACACAGGCACUAAGGGACGAGAUUCCAGGGAGCAGACAGUGGAUCAAGGGAGAAACCUUCAGUUCUGCUCUGGGGUUACUAGUUGGAAACUAUGGUGGCAACUUUGUAUAUGCAUGAAGAGAAACAUGCUUCACGUUGCACUUCUCUCCCAUUAACUCUGGUCAGUAUGGCCAAUGGUCAGGGAUAAAGAGGGUUGGGAUCAAAAAAUGGGGGGGGGGCAGUUUGGGGAAUUUUACUCUGUGUCUUUUAUGGCAAAGAUAACUUCUGUACUGGAAGAGACCAAGAAACUCACAGUCAGGCCAUAGAAUAUCCAAUUACUAUUGCUUAGCAUGUCCCCUGGCACAUCAAUUGCAGCAUGUGCCCAUUCUUCCACUCCUGAAUACAACCUCCAGUUGCAUUCCCCCUUUUUUAAAAUGUCCAAUUUCUUUAUUUUUUCUCCUUUUGCAUGAACAGGAGCCUCCACAUCACCUUGUCAGUGAUAGCUCCUGAUAUUAUUUGGGGUUCAUAGUGCCACCCUUUCUUUAAAGUCCAUUACAACUGUUAGGUCUCUGCUUUCUCUUUCCCAUGUGCAAGAAAUUUCACUCUAUUUCACUCUAUUCUUCAGCAUACCUGAAGGAGCGUCUCCACCCCCAUCGUUCAACCCAGACACUGAGAUCCAUCACUGAGGGCCUUCUGGCAGUUCCCUCACUGCGAGAUGUGAGGUUACAGGGAACCAGGCAGAGGGCCUUCUCGGUAGUGGUGCCCACCCUGUGCAAUGCCCUCCCAUCAUCAGAUGUCAAGGGGAUAAACCACUAUCUGACUUUUAGAAGACAUCUGAAGGCAGCCCUCUUUAGGGAAGUUUUUAAUGACUGAUGUUUUAAUGCAUUUUUAAUCUUUUGUUGGAAGCCGCCCAGAGUGUCUGGGGAAACCCAGCCAGAUGGGUGGGGUAUAAAUAAAUUAUUAUUAUUAUUAUUAUUAUUAUUAUUAUUAUUAUUAUUAUUACCCUAGGGUUUUUGAAGCAAUCCUAUGCAUAUUUAGAUGGAAUCAAAUCCCCUUAUAUUCACUGGGGCUUGUUCCCAGGUAAGAGUGCAUAGGAUUGAGUAAGUAGCACUGCAAUCUGCAGUGCAUUCUGACAACUAGUGAAGCUUAACAGUCAGAAAAAUGGCACAUGAAUAUUUUUCUGAAGGAGGGAUAACGUUCAGAGAUAAAUAGAUUUUUCUCCAAUGUCAGCUUGGUAGAAAUUGGCCAUGUACCUGCUCUCCAGUAUUUUUAUAGGAAUUACUGUUUUGUGCUCCUGGCUGAAUUUCCCACUGCACCUGGCACACACAAGCCCUAGAGAAAACCAAUACUGCAUUACGUGUGGGUGAUGUGGAGCUACAGUCCAGAGUUGUUGCAAGGUCAUUAGGCUAUUCGUCAAUCUGCCUAAUGAGCUACUCAGCUUUCCAGUAUUCAGGUAUACAGUUGCUGACAAAGGUCUCUUGCAUCAUAGUUAGUCACAAUUGCUAUUCUCACCUGACUUGAAGUGUUCCAGCCAUCUGUACUCUUUUAUCAGCUUAGUGCCUUCCUCAAUUUACAGUUUUCCUGUACUAUUAAUGUUUUCACGGCCUAGUAAAGCUAUCAUGACAAUGGUUGAAUGUACUGUUUCACUACAUGAUGAUGAUGAUGAUGAAGAAGAAGUUGAUAUGGUUUCUUGGCAUCAUGAAAUAUUCUUGCAACGAGUUAGUAGCUUCGUUGUGCAUUGUGCAAACAAAGUUUAAGCAAAACGGCAGGUAUGCAUCCCUUCUUUGGGCAUUUGGCAUUCCCAACUGUGCAGCAGGCUUGGCACAUACAGUUCUGUGUGCAUGAAGGUCUCUCUGCUACAGAUGUUUGUGCUGUACACAUGGAAGCCAGAUGCUGGAAUUGGUCCAUGCUCCCUGCUCAUUCUCUGACUGAGCAUGUGGGCAGAAUUUACAAAGAGAGCUUAGUCCAUAGGCGGAUGUCUAGAUUUUAUGCCGCUGUCAGAACCACUUCACCCAGUUGUGGAUUUAUUUAUUUUCCAGAAAACCAGGCAGCCAUCUGAGCUUCACAGCACUGGAGACGAUACUUUGAGGCAACUGUGUCAAAGCCUCUUUCCUGUUUCACAGAAAGGCAAAGGCUGCUUCCAUGCCUCCUGGAAAACCCACCAGAGAGUUCAUAAGAUGCCAGCCCUGUGAGGUAGGCUAGGCUGAGAGCUGGUAGUUCAGAGACCAAAACUGUGAAACUGCACAUAUUUAGAAUAUUUGCUGCUUGUUACUUAUUAGGGUUGGCAAUUGGGGGGGGGUCUGCUUAUUUGGAGGUUUUGCUGUAAAUAUCAGAACUGUAGCUUCUUCCCUGUGAAUGACAUUGCAUAAGGACAUAAGAAGAGCUCUGCUUGACCAGGCUAAGGGCCCAUCUAGUCCAGUAUCCUGUUCUCACAACAGCCCCCCAGAUGUCUGUGGGAAACCAGUAAACAGGACCUGAGCACACCAGCACUCUGCUCCCCUGUGCUUUCCAGGAACUGGUAUUCAGAUGCAUACCACUGGCAGAUUUAGGGCAGGACAACUGGCUCCUCUGCACUGGGCCCAGGAGAUGUAAAAAAUCACCUCAGAAAUCUGUAAAGGAACAUGUCAAGAAGCUGUCCCCCAAAGUCACCUCCACUCUGGGCAGGCUGCUGAGUUUUCCCUAAGGCAACUAGGCUCCAAGAGCUGCAACCAUGUCAGCCUUCAGCCCCAAAUUACACCCCCACUGACCUCUGCCUUCGGUUCAGAAACGGAUCCGCAGCACCCCCUGUCGUCCUCCACCAUCACCCCAUGCUGCUCUGCAGGUGCCGGCCUGGUCCUGGUGGCACCAGCGGAUGCUUCAACUGCUCUGACUCCUCCUUCUCCACACCAACCACUGGCCCCCACACCUGCAGGUGUGCAGCACCACUUGGCUCUAUCCAAAGGAGGGAACUGAAGAAAGACCAGCUGCCCUUCUUUGACUGAGCAUUGCUAGUUACGGUACUUUAGGGACUCGGGGCACAGGCACGUGACACAGUUUUGCAUAAGCUAAUCUAUAUGCCUAGAUAAAGGUGAAGGUAAAGGGACCCCUGACCAUUAGGUCCAGUCGUGACCGACUCUGGGGUUGCGGCGCUCAUCUUGCUUUAUUGGCCGAGGGAGCCGGCGUUUGUCCGCAGACAGCUUCCGGGUCAUGUGUCCAGCAUGACUAAGCCACUUCUGGUGAACCAGAACAGCGCACGGAAACACCGUUUACCUACUUGCACUUUGACGUGCUUUCGAACUGCUAGGUUGGCAGAAGCUGGGACCGAGCAACGGGAGCUCACUCUGUUGCGGGGAUUCAAACCGCUGACCUUCUGAUCGGCAAGUCCUAGGCUCUGUGGUUUAACCCACAGCGCCACCCGCGUCCCAUAUGCCUAGAUACUUCUGGUCAAAUUACUUCUGGCUAGAUGUCACCAGCCUUGCAUUUUGUAGUGCGUCCAGCCACCUGUCAGAGACUGGCUGGAUGACAAGGAGUGGUGGGAAGCACCAGCCGGGGAACCCCCAAGGGAAAUCCCAGAGGAGGAAGGCUCAGAAAUCUGGGAUUGGUAGUGGGACACGGAGGAGAGGUCAGAGAGGGAAGAUUGGGAGGAGGUGGUAGAUACCGAAGGGACAAGAGGAUUUAGUGAACAGGAGGAACCUGUGGCAAGGCUGAAGCAGAGGAGGGGGGUCAAGAGAUUCUGAAGCAUCCCAGGAAUUGUCUUCUCGUGCUGCAACAAUUUUCCCUAGCCCCCGAUCUCCAAGAAAGUGCAAGAUAACAAGGAGGGAGGAACAGAGUUCAGAGAUGGGCAGAAAUAGUUUGAGACUGCUUGGGAAACAUCUGGGAGAGGAGGGAAGGGAAGCAGGGACCUUCAGUCCUGGCAACUGCUCUGUGGGGGCAAGACCUACUGGGAAGUGUUGCUGAGUCGUUUGCCAUUUCCUUGAAUAAAGAGGUAACUUCACUGACAACUGACUCUGCCUCUUCAUUCUGAGCUGCAUCUGACUCCAGCCCUGAAAGCACCUUGUUAGCAAAAGUGAUUUACAGUGGUACCUCGGGUUACAUACGCUUCAGGUUACAGACGCUUCAGGUUACACACUCUGCUAACCCAGAAAUAGUGGUUCAGGUUAAGAACUUUGCUUCAGGAUAAGAACACAAAUCGGCUCCGGCAGCAGGAGGCCCCAUUAGCUAAAGUGGUGCUUGAGGUUAAGAACAUUUUCAGGAUACGUACGGACCUCUGGAACGAAUUAAGUACUUAACCUGAGGUACCACUGUAGAAACAAACAAACAAACAAAAACUUUUCAAACUUUUUGAAAAGGUAGGAGAUCCAAGGCUUGGUACAAAAGACCAGUGACUUGAGCCUCCUGGACGACCCACGAAAGCAUCCCUGCAUCUUCAUAGAAAUUAGCCAGAUCAUGUUUCUUUUUUUUUAAUAAGAUAUUUAUUAAGAUUUUCCAAAUGUUACAAUAUAAAAAUGAAAAAGAAAAAAAGAAAAAAAGAAAAAAUACAAAAUACAAAAUAAAAAUGAUUAAAAACCACGCAAUUUUUCCAUUACUUAUUUUUCCUUAGCUUGUUUCCCAGACCUCUUCAUACCUCCCUUUUUUGUAUUCCAGUUCAAUUUGUUGGUUCAGCAAAUCCUUACCCUCUUUAUUUAUCCUAGUCUUUGGUCUUAAAAUAAUAACGUUAGAUUUUUACCUAUUAACAACCCAUUUUUCAUAUUCCCUUAAAGCAUUACCGCUGGAAACCACUUAAUUUCUAUCCAACAUCAUUCUAACAUUCAUUAAUUUUACAAUAUUUCUGUAGAUAAUCUUUGAAUUUCUUCCAAUCUUCUUCCACCGACUCUUCUCCCUGGUCUCGGAUUCUGCCAGUCAUUUCUGCCAGUUCCAUAUAGUCCACCAGCUUCAUCUGCCAUUCUUCCAGAGUGGGUAGAUCUUGUGUCUUCCAAUACUUUGCAAUGAGUAUUCUUGCUGCUGUUGUAGCAUACAUAAAAAAAGUUCUGUCCUUUGGCACCAAUUGGCCGACAAUGCCUAGGAGAAAGGCCUCUGGUUUCUUCAAGAAGGUAUAUUUAAAUACCUUUUUCAGUUCAUUAUAUAUCAUUUCCCAGAAAGCCUUAAUCCUUGGGCACGUCCACCAAAGGUGAAAGAAUGUACCUUCAGUUUCUUUACAUUUCCAACAUUUGUUAUCGGGCAAAUGAUAAAUUUUUGUAAGCUUGACUGGGGUCAUGUACCACCUGUAUAUCAUUUUCAUAAUAUUCUCUCUUAAGGCAUUACAUGCCGUAAACUUCAUACCUGUGGUCCAUAACUGUUCCCAGUCAGCCAUCAUUAUAUUAUGUCCAACAUCUUGUGCCCACUUAAUCAUAGCAGAUUUCACCAUUUCAUCUUGAGUAUUCCAUUUCAACAGCAACUUAUACAUCUUUGACAAAAUCUUAGUUUUGGGUUCUAACAGUUCUGUUUCUAAUUUUGAUUUUUCCACCUGGAAGCCAAUUUUCUUGUCCAAAUUAUAUGCCUCCAUUAUCUGAUAAUGAUGAAGCCAGUCUCACACUUUAUUUUUUAAUUUCUCAAAACUCUGCAAUUUCAGUCUAUCUCCGUCUUGUUCCAAAAUUUCCCAAUAUUUCGGCCAUCUGGCCUCCAUAUUGAGCUUUUUCAGAGCUUUUGCUUCCAUCGGUGACAGCCACCUUGGGGUUUUAUUUUCCAAUAAGUCCUUGUAUCUUAUCCAGACAUUAAACAAUGCUUUCCUGACAAUAUGAUUUUUAAAUGCUUUAUGUGCUUUGACCUUAUCAUACCACAGAUAUGCAUGCCAUCCAAAUACAUUGUUAAAACCUUCUAAAUCCAAAAUGUCAGUGUUUUCAAGAAGCAACCAUUCUUUCAACCAGCAGAAAGCUGCUGAUUCAUAGUAAAGUUUAAAGUCUGGCAGGGCAAAUCCACCUCUUUCCUUUGCAUCUGUUAAUAUUUUAAAUUUUAUUCUAGGCUUCUUGCCCUGCCAGACAAAUUUAGAAAUAUCUCUCUGCCACCUCUUGAAACAGUCCAUUUUGUCCACAAUUUGCAAUGUUUGAAACAAAAACAACAUUCUAGGCAAUACAUUCAUUUUUACCGCAGCAAUACGGCCCAUAGCCAGAUCAUGUUUCUUGCAUCCAAUAAGAGCAUCUGGAUCACUCAGAGGCCUGUUCUUCCUGACUAGUAUCUGCCCUUACUUUCUUUGGAGCCAGGUCUACUUGUUUAUACCCACAGAAGAGAAAGAAAUCCAUACAUCAAUUUUCUUUCUUCCACUAGGCUCUGGAUCUGAGGGUGUUGUCCUUCAUGUUUCAGCAUGUUCUUAGAGAGAGGUGUAACACUCUAAGUAGUUCAAGUCCCUACAAAUAAUUUUCUUAGCAUAUUUUCAACAAAAACACAGCAUAGGGUCUGUCAUAACUUACUCUUUCAAGCAUCCACAGCAGUCUGUUUUCAAUACAGGAGCAAAGUGCAACAUACCCUUGAGGUAUGCUUAUUCAGAAAUCAAUCUCAUUUUCUAGUAGCACAGCCCCAGUCAUUUAAAUUUGUGCAUGCCAUUCAGCUACAGUGUGAGAACAGAAAAAAAGGGAGAAAGAUAUUCUGCUUACAAAUAGGUUAUCUCAAGUAAGAUGGGGUGGGGUGGGGGACACCAUUUGAUUUGGGGGCAAAAGGCUCAUAUGAGCUCUCUAUAUGAUGAAUGUCAAGCUUUCAAUGGCCAACAAAACUUGUAUAAUUUCAACACCUCCACUUCUGUCUGGCAGAAGUGAUCCUUCCUAGGGUGUUGUUUUUCCUUCCUAUUCUAGCAGAAGACAGGCAUGACUAGCCUGCAGCCAGGGUAUUUUGAAGUCUUAGCUAGAAUCAAGGAAUGGAUCCAUCAUAAACAUUAUAUUGAAGGAGGAGGAGGAGGAAGCCUUCAGAACUAGCUUAGCAGAUGCACACCAACAGCUGGGCGUACGCACUGAUGGCCAAGCAGAAGACAACCUGCAACAUUAAUUUGAGUUGUGAAAAUAAAGCCGAUUUCACUUUCCUCCAGAGACAGGCAUGACUGAUAAAAAUUGUAUAUCUUUAGAAUCUCUGUUCCCUGUAGUCAACGCCACCUGUGACAUGAGAACCACAAGGAUAUGAUUGGUGGAUGCUGUUCCUGUAGAUUAUUCUAAUGGUUCAAAUCAAAUGUAUUUGAAUUCGUAACUUUUUAUUGCACAUCUUGGAAUGCAUUUUUCGACCACAUGUUGGAACAUUUGUGCUCCAAAAAAAGGGAGAAAGAAAUGAAAUUCCAUCUUUAUGUUUGAAAUUUAUGGGAACACAAUUAAAAUGAGAGGGGUCCAAAGGUAUCAAGAUAAUUACAUUUUUCUAAUCUUACUAAACAAGAUAAAUUACCUGCAGGCCCUCUUAUAAAAGAUGAAAUCUUCAUAAUAAGUGAAUUAAUCAAGCAGCAGCUUGCUACUGCACAUGCAUUUAUAACGGGAAUGAUUCAAAGAGUUAUUUUAUGGGGAAAUUAAUGGAAGCCGGCUUUUCAUUCUUCUGCACCAAUUGAAAACCUCAGCAGCCAGCUGCCCACUUGUCAAGAAAACAGAAAGAAGCUGGGAACAAAGAUAAAUAAAAACACCUUUUCCCUGGCACUUUUGAAGAGAAAAAACAGCUCUCAUUUACAGCAGCCAUCUGUUUGUUAUUUAAUAUGGGUGAAUUACAUGCUGUAAUGAGUUUGUUUCUGCAUCACUCAGUGCAAUGGAACACAAGUUCACUCUCAUAAUGUGCCGCAGUUUUUAAAAGCUAAUCAUUUAAUUGGACACAAUAGUCAAUGACAAAUGGAGAUGUAAAAACUCAGCCAGCUGUAGAGUGAAUAUGUAAUCAUUGUGAAAUCAUAUUAUUUUACACGCAUGAAAAGUCCUUAAUAGUAGCUGAUGUUGGCCUGCACAACGGGAACUAGGAAGGCCACAGUGGCAUGAUGGAAAACAGCAGUUUGGAAAUGGGGGGCGGGGGGAGCCAGCCUAUAAUAUAAUUGGGCCAUAUUGGGACCCAGACUUGAGCUUCCAUUAGGCGAAGGCGACAAAUAAUAUCUAAAUCGUUUUCAUCGCCUCCCUCAAUUUCUGUUUACAUUUGUUUUUAAAGUUCAUGGUUCAGUAGGUGCGAUCCACUGUUUGCUGAGCUUGAAAUUAUCUGCUCUGUUUUGAUACGAUGUACUGGGCAAUUUCCACUGAGCUGCUGAUUUUGAACAGAACAUUGUGCCCAGAUGAGAGGCCAGGCAUUCCCAAAGCAAUAUAUCAGUCAGGUAUCUUAGGCCUAAAGAGCUUGAGAACCUGCAGCACACAGUAUGCACGACUUUUUAGGACGUUAGAACUUGAGAUUCGUGCUGCAUAAAAAUUUAGCGUUUUAUGGAAGGCCUAAAGAUGAUGGGAGACUUUUUUUCCUCAUCCUGUCCAGUGAAACUCACUUCCUGAGUCUCCACUUUGUACCAUCAACAUCCAACUACAUGGAGCAACUACAGGGAAACUCAGAGUGUGGUGAGCUCAGAACACAUGUCAAUUGUUCUCAGGCUUUUGGGGGGGAAGUGUGUGGGGGGGGACAGUGUGACAAAUGAGAAUGCUCAGUCCUCAUCAGGCUGUUUUGGGGUCCUCCCUUAAGAUUCUUCUGCAAACUUUGUGCCCCCUCCCCAAAUCCUAUCCUAAACUCUUUAAAACCCUUCCAACAGUAGCAGGUGGAGUGGUGGAAGAGACUUUCACCUAAGUAAUUACCAGUUGCCAUUCUCCCCUUCUUGGGUAAGGCUCUUGAGUGGUUGGUUGCAGACCAGUUCCAGGGUCCCUUGGAGGAAAAUGAUUUUCUAGAUGAACGUCAAUCAGGGUUUGGACCCAGUUUUGGCUUUGGUCACCCUGUAUGAUGACCUCUGUCAGGAGAGAGACAGGGGAAAUAUUUCCUUCUUAAUUCUCCUUGAGUUCUUAGUGGGUUUCAAUACCAUAAACCAUGGUAGCCUUCUGGAGCGGAUGUCCAAGUUAGAAGUGGCACCACUUUGCAGUGGUUCUGGUCCUGCUUGGAUGGUCGUUUCUAGACGGUGAUGCCUGAGGAGUACUUUUUGGCCUUGUGGAGCCUUCCAUGUAGGGUUCCUCGGGGUUCAGUGUUAUCCCCUAUGCUGUUUAGCAUCUGCAUGAAACCGCAGAAUGGGAUCAUCUGGAGUUUUGGAGUGUGUUGUUAACAAUAUGGUGAUGACACAGCCCUCUGCCUCUCCUUUACAUCUGCAGGUGAGGCAGUGGAUGUGCUGGACCAUUUUCUUGCCUCGGUAAUGGACUGGAUGAGAGCCAAUAAACUGAAGCUCAAUUCAGAUAAGACUGUUAGUGGGUGGAUCCCUAGACCGGUGGCCCAGCAGCACCUUUGUCUGGACAGGGAUAGCUGAAAUUUUGUCAUCUGUGGCCUAAUUUUUUUUGUCGUCUAACCUCUGGUAACCUCCCAGGUUCAAUCCCUUAUAUCUGCAAGUGAAGCUGGGAAUGUCCAUUACCCUUUUGAACACAUUCUGCAACAUCUUUGGGAGACUAUGGUUUAGAUUUAGGGUUUCUUAAACUCAAGUGAAGCCUGUUACGAAUUGUAUGGCUCAUAAUUUUUUAAUGAAGUCUGACUACUACAUCAGAGGAAGAAGAAAAAAACCAACCUGUGUUGAUUAAACGUUUCAGAGGCAGCAAACAGAGUGGAAUGAUUUGGUAUUACCUAGAAUUAAAAGACAUCCAGGAGUUUUCCUGUAAAGCGACAUACCAAAAGCAAUAUAUAUUAGAAAAAAGGCAUUUGAGAAAGGAUUUAUAUGUGCAGAGAGAGCAACUUGAACAUGCCAGACCGCCACCCAGGAAAGAAGAUAAAGAAAAAAUAUGCUGUAAAUUAAGAAAACAUUCCAAACAUACUUCACAAGUACAAUCUGGUGGAAACAAAUUGUGCUGUGUGUUUCCAGCAGUUGAUUAACUGCGAAGUAAGCAAAGUAAAUCAUAUGAUGUUCACCUCUAGAAAAGCGAGAAAUUAACAAGAGGACAGAAAAACAAACAGGGAGGUUGAAAAUACACAUAAAGCACAAAAUUAGUAAAACAUAAUGUAAUAAAUGUAGUUAAAAGACAACCUGAACUGAGCAAUAUGAAAGUCACGCCAUCAUGUAUGCUCAUGGAGACCAAUAAAAUAUUUGGGUGUUUCAUAAACAAAUAUGUUUUCCUCAUCAAUUCAUUCUUGAUGUGUAGGGCUCAUGAGAAAGAGAAUUAGGCCACUGCAAAUGAGCUUGGAUAGGUAAUAUCACAAUGGUAAAAUUUAUCCAUUGUGAUUUUAUUAGUUGUAUUUCCUCCCUGCCUUUUCUCCAAGGAGAUCCGGGAGGGUUGUGACGGUCACUCCCAUUGUUUUAUCCUAACAACAAGCCUGUGAGUAGGUUAUGCUGAGAGAGAGAGAUUGGCCCAAGGUCACCCAGUGAGCUUCAUGGAUAAGUGGAGAUUUGAAUUUGAGUCUCCAAAUCCUACAGGUUUGUUCACACAUUAUGCUGACCACAGGUACAAGCUGUCUCUGUGCAUGUGCAGAGGGUGUACUUGUUUACAUGUACCAUUUAUUUAUUUCUAUCGGGUACACAGACUGUACAUGCAAACAUAACAUGUAUGUUAUUUGUGCACCCAGGUACACAUUUUUUAUUAUUCUGUUGCUUUCCUCACAAAAGUGAUUCAAAGCAGCUUGCAAAAACACCAAAACACUAAAACUAAGUAUAACAAACAACCAAACACCCCCCCCCUAAAAACAGCGGUAUACAGAUAAAAGACCACACCACUAAAGGCAGCCACAGAUUGAAUAGAGAAACACAAAAAUGUUGUGUUAAAUGUUAAAAAUACAAAAUUGGUAAAACGCAAUGUAAUAAACACUUGUUGAACACUGGGUUAGAUUGCCCUGGUCCUGAUUCAUACAUAGACAUAACAUUGCACAAUUUGUAAUGUAUAAUGCUCUUCAUUAUUUUAAAAAAUCGCUAAGUGGUAUACAUAAAACAUUGAUAUACAUUAUCAAUAAUCCAUUCCCUCCCCUUGUGCCUUUCCCCUUUCUGUUGAAAAUAUGCUAUUAAAGUGACAGAACAAUCACAACCACAACUGCUUGUGCAACAAAUAUCCUUGCUUUGAAUUCUUGUUUUAUCUCUAAUGGGAGCAAGUAUAUAAAGGCUAAGCACUGAGCAUUGUUGAAUCAGAAAUGUUGGACUGUGUUACAUGAAGGGGCUAGAGGCUUCUUCAGAAACUGAAGGGAAGAGCAGUGGGCAUCACUAAUCACUGCUACUGGGAAGCAGUAGAAGUCUCUUGACUGGCCAGGGCUGCAUAAAUACUAGGAACUUUGGAUUCUGCCUUUGCAUGGUCAACAAAUGCAAAGAAGUCCCCUGAAGGGACUCUUGAGAUAGAGAACAGGUGCUCUGGGGUGGCAUUUAGGUAGAGCUGCCCACAGCCCCUGCUUAAAUUCGAUAUACUGGUCAACUUUGCUCCACUAAACAUUUCUGUCCCAUGAGGUGGAAAUGGGCAAAACAGUAAAUGAUGGCAAAACAGUAAAUGAUCCCUGGAACAAAUACAGAAUUGGGAAACUUAGUUUGGGUUCAGUACUGAGUAAUCAUAAGAGGCCAUCUUAAAAAAAUAUAUCAUUUUUUAAUUUUUUUUUGCAAGCUGUUUCAUAAAAUGUGUUUUGUGCUCAGUAACUAAUUCCAAUGAAUACAAUGUGUAUAUAUCAUAUACACAUUGGGUACACAGUGAGCAGGGCCCAGAUUCAUUUCUGUACAGUGGUACCUCGGGUUACAAACACUUGGGGUUACAGACUCCGCUAACUCGGAAGUAGUACCUCGGGUUAAGAACUUUAACUCAGGAUUAGAACAGAAAUCGCACAGCAGCCCCGUGGGGGCAGCGGGAGGCCCCAUUAGCUAAAGUGGUACUAUACCUCAGGUUAAGAACGGUUUCAGGUUAAGAACGGACCUCCAGAACGAAUUAAGUCCGCAACCAGAGGUACCACUGUAUUUUGAAGGGCAAAGCCACAAUGGAUAUACACUGUGGUUCCCAUGGUCAGUGCCGAUGCUGCUCAUAGGCAGUGCAACAUGUGGCUGGAUGAGGGAGGAGGCAAUAUACACUGAUGUCGGUUAUUCAGAUUUAUGCAGUCAUCAGGGCAGGAGCAGGCAUCCACAUGGACCCUUUCGUCCUCUUCAGAUUUCCAGCAGUUGCACAGCCCAUCCUUGGCCUGGUGAUGUUGGGUUGAUGUAAACUUAACUCAAAAUUGGAUUUAAGAUUUCUCUGGCUUAUAAAUAAAAAGAAGAGUUGUAUUUUAUUGUGCAGAAGGAGAUGGGGCAGAUGAUUCCCUUCAAGAUUAAUAUAUACCAGUUAAACACAGUCAUAUUUAAAACUAGACAUUUCUACAUCUGCUGGAAGUAUUGCCCAUUAUUUCAAACUUAAACCCAUCAUAUUCACAAGAACAAAGAAAACAAAAUUCAGCUUUUCUCUCUCCUAUAGAUAAAGUGGUACCAACACCCAGACUGGUACAAAAUCCGAUUUGCUCUCAUUUGGUAAGUUGUAUGAUUGAUGUUGAAGAGUGUGAACUGAAUUUCAGCCAUUUCAUAUGUCCCUAGCUAUAAUGAAGUAAUGAUAUAGACUCCAGUAACUUACAGGCUUUCUCGUAUAUUUGAACAUCCCAUAACUUACUAGCUCCAGAGGCUACCAUGAGUUAUAUCACAGUUCUGUCCUAUAGUCUCCAGAACUUGUAACUCACUAUCAGCUACAAGCAAUUUCAUUUAUUUAAUGUUUUUGUAGUCUUUUGUAGUCCUUCCCCCACCUUUUUUUUUACUUUCUCUUUCCCUCCUCUCUCUGUCAAACACACACACACACACACACACACACACACACACACACACACACACGCUUCUGAAAAGUGUGAUUAACAGAAAUAUGUUUAAUAGGUUGGAGAAAUGGAUGUCAGUUGACAAAACCAGAACCUGCAAAUGAUUCAGUAGCAUGGGUUCAAAUUAAAUAGUAACUUUAAUUGUUCUAAAGCCCUUCUCAUGGUUCUUUAUUUGGACUUGGACCAGAGAGCCCUUCAAAUGGAAUAUUCUUUCAAACAGGCCUUGAAACAGAAGACUGUUCUCUAUAAAGUAGGACAUGAUACAUGAGCACCCUAAUGUCAAAACAUUUGCAGAACCAGAUUACCUUGCGCAUUUAGUCUUGUUUGGGGGAAAAAAUAUCCAACUACAAGCCUAAAACAGGUCGCUAGCCAUUUUAACUUGCAUAAUUCCAUAUUACAAUGUUUUAAAAAAGAAUUCCAUAUUGUGAACUCUAGUUUAUAGCGGGAUGUAGUAAUGGAUCUUUUUUCUAGGAGAGAAAUUGUAUGAAAUUUUGCUAGGUGAGCAAAUUUGCAUUCCCCCCACUUAAUAAAAGCUUGCCAAAUCUGUGAACCGUGAUGGAAGAUAUUAAUUAAAGUCCAUGCACAAAUUAAGAUGGGGAGGGGGGAAAUCAGAGCACCAAGAAAUAAAUUAAGGAAUCCUGUAACAUAAAAGCAGCUAGGAAGCCCUGGAGUAUUGCGGGAGUAAUAAGCACAAGAAAAGAUGACCAUCACACAGAAGGAGGAGUGAGUGAACCAAUGUGUAACAGAGAAGCUGGCUCUAAAGGAGAAAAGCUUGAAAUGCUGAUUUCAGGGUCAGUACAAACUCCUCCUGAACUGGGUGGAAGUAGGCCUUCUGUAACUUUUGUGCCUUUGCAUUUGUGAAUUGAAGACUAUUUCUUCUUGAAGGUGUUCCGUAAAGAGAAAGGAAAGGGUCAGGCAAUUGACCUCACACCUCAGGUACUGUUAUCCCAGUGGUGUGCAAUAGGUAAUAUAUAUUUUCCCAGAGCGAAGAUGACAACUUCUUAUUUUCAGGGUCUACACUAUUCUCUGGACAGUGAUCCAUGAGACAGAAAUUCAGUUUUUGCCGAUUCCAAUAUGAACUGAUCUGAUUUGUAUCUCCUGGAUGAAUGUGGAAGCUGUAAUGCAGUUGUUCCGUGGCUUUCAUAAUUCUCAAAUAACCCAGUGCUGCUAUGUUCUCUUUCUCUUUCUCUCCCCAUCCCCCAUCCCCCUUAUGUUGAAAUGGAAUGGAAUGCAUGCAAAAGGUGACAUGGCUUGGAAAUCAAUCUUUCCACCCACCUGUAUAACAAAGUUUGCACCACCCUGCAGCAAAAGCUUCACAUCUACAGAAAACACACACACAGAGUGCAUAGUUGGCAUGACAUUUGAAAUCCUACAAAAGUUUAAUAAAAAUAUGUGAAUGAGUCUUAUUGCAUGCAACUUGAAAAUAUUUUUUUUCCUUGCAUGCAAACAUUUUACCAUACCCUUGAUUAAAAUUUGGAAGGCUUGCCAGAUAUGUAAUACCUUUAGGCUAAAUCUAGCUCCCAGACUUCCAGUUGAUCGUUCCCACCCUAUAGGAUUUUCCAGAUCAGCCUGGACAGCCAGUUAGUCUGCUACCUUAGGCAACUGUUUUCUAAGUACUGCCUCUAUGCUGGGGAAGCCCUGGUUGGCCUUGAAACAUUAUUUUAAAAAAUGCAGUGAUGGAAGCAAUUAUUCAAAAUGAUUUGCAAAGUCUCUGUUUUUGCCAUUUAGGAACAGUGCUUUUGAAAUUUUUGGAUUUUCCAAAUGAUUAGAAAGGGUUUUUUUUGCUUUUUUAAAAGUGCAUCCUGAUUCAAAGCACAUUUAAUCGAUGGAAUUCAAGUAGAAAAUUCCAAGAUUGGGCAUGCAAGAUCACCCACAUUUAGUAAACUCACAUUGUUAUUUGAAUUCAGUACAGCACUACCUAGGGUUAUUCACUGGAACCAUCCAAGCACUUUUAUAUAUGAUUCAUUUGAAUGUUUAACUUUAGUAGCUGAAAGAGUGAUGAUCAUUCUCACUGAAGUCCACAAUUCCUCAGAUAUUCAAAUCAGAAUUUUUACUUGUUAUGCAAAUCUGAAAACUUUUUGUACCACAUGGUUCAUGCCCAUUAAAUAGUGCUUUCUGUAAGAAAACACAGAAAUAGAGAUGUACAACCAAGGUGCACAUUUUUAGUGCUUUGAAUUACCACCAGAACAUAAAAAUAGUGUGUAUUGCUUUACUCUAAUCAGACUCAUUUUUAUGUGACUGUUGAAAGCCCUUUUACAUUCCUUUCUAAGUCUGGAAGUCUGUGUAUAAAACUGGUUGGGGGGGGAGCAAAGUGAAGACACCUGCUGGCUUAUAACACAAAUACUAAAAUAUCUUAGAGCCUGCUGAAAGGCGAAUUGGAACAAUAUGUCAUUACUGAAGGCUCACUUGCAAGUUCUAAUGUAUUAUAAUGAAAACAGUAUGACAAACCUAAUGAGACAGUGAAGAUUUGGGUAAUUGUUCCUACAAUGUAUGGUAACUUUUCCAGCCAUUAUUGGCAAACAUAAAACCUAAUGAGAUUUUAUUAAUUUAAAUGCAGUACAUCUGCAAAACAUUUCCUUAGCUGCAUUCUCCUCUGAUAAUCGUCCUUUCCACAAAAGCAUGAUCCUUUGAAGUUAAUUGUUCUCUGUUGUAUAUUUUGUCUAUACAAAAUGUACAGAAGACCUGCUACAAAUACACAUUAAGCACAAUGUUUACUUUUGGGAUAGAUAUUCCUCCCAAUUUGAUCUUCCCUUCUUCUUUCCAGAAACAUUUCACAGAUCAGUCAUUAUGAAUAGUAUGGCCUUGCUGUAUGUAUUAUGUAGUGGGUGGGAAAAAAUCUUCUAGAAGGGGUCUGCAAAUCAUUUUAUUUCCAGUCCACAUCACCUCACAUGUUCACUCACAAGCCCACCUCAUUUCCACAUUAAUCUUCAAUUUUUAAAGAAAUCAAUGCAUUAAUAGGUGCAUUUAAUACUUUUAAAAAUGUCUACGCAGAACUAAGUCCUGAUGAAUUAAACGUGCCUUACCUAUCCCUGGUAAAUUGAGUUAUCAUUGCAGCUUAAAUAUAUUUUCCCUUAAAAUACUCCUUCCUAAGUACUAUUCUGGAAUUCAUUUGGCUUGUGCUUAAUUGAUAUGAAGGACCUUAUCUUGUGUGUGUUUUGUGAGUGUAACUGACAUGUUCCAUUAUAUCGAAGUCACUUGAGAUUCCCUCAAAAUUCCUUGGAUGAUGAUGAUGAUGAUUUAUUGAAUUUAUAUAGCACCCUAUGCCGCAAAACUUGCUCCCCAAGGGGGACAAGGAGAGAUGUCCUCCAAGCAUUCACUAGUUUUAUCAAAAUCUUUUGGGUUUUGGCCUCAAAAAGCCUCAGGAACUUCAGCUGAGGAGAAAAACCCGUAUCUCACAUGAGUUUCGAAUUUAAACAUCUCAGUAAUGAGCCACUACCCAAAUUAUGCCUAGCAUAAAAUAUCAGCAGGAUCUAUAACGUUUUUGAGGAACAAGAGAUCCUUCAGGGUAUUAUAUCCCUGGGUAAGCAUAUGCAUUGAUUCUGAAGAAUGACAAAAAUAUUUAAAUACAGAAUCAAUUUGACCACCAAUAACAUAAUCAUGCUGGCACGUCAGCUUUUAACAUCAGUACUGACAUAUUGGCCUCCCGUGUCAGCUGCGUCAGCAGCACAGACAAAGCCUCUUGUUCAUCACACCACGUUGGUUGAUGUGUUGGUAAAUCUCAUCCUUAUAAUUUAUUGAGUGAGAAGAGUUACAGCCUGCCGUUCAAUCAAAUGAUCCUUAAGGCAGCUUUGGACCAAGUCAGAAUUUUGGGCCAGCUGGCUGUUUGGCUAGAGAGGACGGCCUUAUUGUCUGCUCCAAACUGCAUGGAAUGGGACGAUGGCUUGUUAAACAGGUGAAUUGGUAUGGCUGGUCCCUUUGGCAGGUAGGUCCAUGGAUGGAAACAGGCCAGCUUGGUGACCUCCUUAAGCACCUUGCAGGUGAUGGGUGGCUCCUGAGACCUGCAGCUCAGGGUUUUAGUACCAGGGCAGGCACAGGCUGCCUUUGAGACAACUCGUCUCAAAGAGGUGCAGGAAGACCUCUAUACUCGCCUUCAGUGUGAGGAUGGUUUUGGAGGCGUGGUGAAUUGCCUCUCCUUAUCCCAGCAGUGGCUGCUUGCCCUUACAGCUGCAAGCAUUUGCCUGGAAUUUGGUUAUUUAGUUCCAGCACAAAUAACUUUCCUUUUCACCUCUGCACCCAGGGCAACUUAUAAUUUCCCAGGACUGCAAAUCUUAAGGAUGGCCCGUGAAACAGUUUCUUCAGUUGCCAUACUCAUUAGGUGCAAAUGUAAAUACUACGCAUGUGGUUUCCUGGGUGAAAUAGAUCCGUGACGGAGCCUUGGUCCAGCUGCAGAAUUGUGCUUGUCUGCACACAGCGCCUGUUUGCAUUAACAUUUCCUGGCCAUGUCAGUGCAACUUGCUUCAGGUGGCAACAUGGUGUGUGUGUGUGUUUGUGUGCGUGGUGGCAGUGGAACAUGAUUGCAGUAACUGGUGCUUGAAUGGCAUGGGGAGGCUUAUUAAAGUGUUGGCCAUAGCAGGGGUGAGGGGGGAAUCAUUUGGGCUCUGCAUCCGGCAGAAAAAUGUCCUGAGGGGGCAGAGCUUUUUGGACUGGGGUGACAAUUUCUGGGGUAACCAAUGUAGUGCACUCCAGGCAGGCCUGUGCAGAAGUGAGGGGCAGUCGGGUACACUUGCCCUGGGCAUCAGAAGGUUAAGUUGGAUGGAGGCCCCUGCUAGGGACUUGUUGCUUUUUUGUUUGAGUUUAUAACUUUAUUCUAACAAGACUCCCACUCCCAUCAGUCCCAGGCAACAUGGCGAAUGGCCUGGAGUGAUGGGAGUGGUAGUCUGGCAAAAUCUGAAAGGUGCUAUGUUGGCUCCCCUAUUAUCAUAAUUGGGCUGUAUUUCUCAAAUAUUUCUGAAAACAGGUAGAAUUCCUGAAAUAUUUCAAAGUGUGUUAAGUGCCCCAUCCUUAAACAUUCACUAAACAAAGUCCAUUUCUGGGAAACUCAAUCUUACUAUAAUCACUGUCAAAUUUAUGAUAGGACACUCAUACACUCUUGCUAACAUUUAUCUGAAAACCCACUCAUCCAACUAACUUUUAUUUGUACCUAAUUUUCUUCCUCGGUAUCUUUCAUUUCUGGUCAGCAUGUCAUAAAGGGAUGACAGGAAAAGCUUUGACUUUGUGAGCCUAGAUGAAAGAACAUUUCUAAAUGAACUCACCCAGAAGAUGGUCGUUUCAUAGUGCUAAAAGCAAUGGAGCUGUCAUGAAGUUCAAAAAUUAUAUUGGCUACCCUCACAAUAACUAGAAUGAGAGCCUAACCACUUACCCCUCAAAUUGUGCAGGACACAUGGAAUUUACUGUGCUUUACCAAUGACUGUAGCAAACAAUCUGGCCAAAAUUUAAGUUCUCUUAGUCUCUUACUCUAACCUAGAGGUGAAUUUAAGGGAGUGUAGGCAGGUUGCCUGCACUGGGCGUCAAGCUGAAAGAGUACUGCAGGAGUCACCAAAAUAAUUUCAAACAAUGGAAAGCAAGAGGCAGAGGGUGCCAAAUUUUGGUGUUGCACAGGGUGUUGCUGAAAUUUUAAAGUCCAAAGUCUACUACCGCUCUAACCUACCUUACAGGGUUUCUGUGAGGAUAAAAUGGGGAGAAAGGAACAAAUACAUUGUCAUGAGCUCAUUACAGGAAAGGCAGGAUAUAAAUAGAAUAAAUAACUAAAUUUCAAUGACUCAGAAAGAGUUUUGGCUUUAUCUUCUUCUUCUUCUUCAAUCACUUGUAGUCGAGUAAGAUUGUCUUCCAUGAACACAGUCUUAACAGUGAGUCCAUAAGUGACUGUGGAGACCAAUUCUGGAGCCACACAGCCUUACACAGUGGGGACAUAGGGUUCUGGGGGGGGGGAGUUGAUCACAGUGAGGGUUUGCCAAACAUGCCUUCUUCUUGGCACGUUUCCCCCUUUCAUCCUGAGUUUGAGCGUCUUCAAAGUCCAUGAUGCCUUUGGUAAAGGCUGUUCUCCAAUUGGAACGCUCGCAGGCCAGUGUUUCCCAAUUGUCAGUGUUUAUACCACAUCCUUUUAGAUUUGCCUUGAAAGAGUCUUUAAAGCUCUUUUGCUGAGCACCAGCAUUAUGCUUUCUAUCUUUAAGUUUCGAAUAGAGCAGUUGUUUUGGGGGAUUCUGAGCUGACUCCGUCCUGCCCUCGCAAUGUCCUUGAAAUGACCCAUUUUCAGGCUGUCUGCCAGGUUCACCACACAGCAAGCAGAGGAAUGACUUUGCUUAAUUCAUCCCCCAUACCCCAUAGCACCACAUAACCAGAGUUUGGACGAAAGCCUUAGAUCAUGUAGCAGUUAUGAUUCAUUCAUUUAUUUAAGCUAUUUAUUUACUGUGUCUUUCAUAAAGCAAGGAAGCUCUCCAGCAGCUAACCAUUAUAACAUGGAUAUAUGAAGCUAUGGCUGCCUAAUUGAGUAGCAUGUAUUGCUGUUUUGUUCAGUUCCUGUUUUAACUUCUCUUGUUGACUAGGGCUAUUUGAAGAAAGACCCCCUAGGGUAUACAGUACAUGUUUUCUUAAUAAAUACAUAAGUAAAAUUAAUACAACAUAUAUUAAAAACACCCAUGGUGGCAUCCAAUAUCAUGAAAGUGGACUUGCUUCCAUGCAACAAAACUUCUCCUCAACCUGCAUAUACCUUGUGCCCCCUACAAAUCUGCUCUGGAGGAUUGUCCAUGGAUUUUUCUGGGGGGUGGGGGUGGGGCUGCAGGUCAUUCCACCAAUGGUGUGCAUGUUGGGAUUUUUGACUAUGUGCAAUCUGAUGUAGCUUCCCACAGAAGCAAUUAAGGAGUUGGCCAAAGGCCAAGAAGACUGAGAAGAGGGAGUUAUUCUGCCUAGAGAUAUGGGACCUUGGAUACAACUCUGCUAUUGGCUGAGGUCUCCACAUAGGCAUGAUGACUCAUGACCUUCCUUGUUGGUUAGUUGGUUGGAUAGUGUGUGUUCUGAGAGUCGUUUGGAGUUUGUUCAGUGAGAGAGUUAAGAUCUGUGUCUGUAUCCUGUAUAUAGUAACUUGUGAGUCUGCUGUAAAUAAUAAACACCUCUAAGUAACCAAGUUACUGGAAGCAGCGUCUUGUUCCUGCUUCAUCCUACCUGCCUGCAACUGAUUGCUUCUGGAAGUCUGCGUAUGCUCUGCUAUAUUCAACUGGGUCUGGCUAAGAUCCUGCAACAGGUUAAGGUUGUGAAACAUCAAUAGUGCAUUCAACUGCUAAAUGGACACCUUUGGAUUUCACCCCCUUAAGCUUUAGUUUUCUUAACAGUGCCUAACUCUUUAGGAUUAUGGCCACUAACCAUAAUGCAGUUAUCCCACCCACAGAGAUGCAAUUCUCAGAGUUCUCUUUGUCAAGGGAUUGAUUGUGGAAACACUCUUGAAAUUGUAGCUCAGGGAGGUGAAUAAGAGUUGCCUAAUAACUUUCAGCACCCCUAGGAAACAACAGGACCAGUGAUUCUUUGCCAUGGGAAACCAUGGCUAUUUAAAAUGGUAUGAUACUGCUUUAAAUGGAUAAUGUAGAUGGGGGAAGAGUUAGUUGAUGUCCCUGUUCAGCAAACUGGUGGACUUUUUUGUAAAGCGCUUUGAGUUUUGUUUAUUUAACAAUCAAGCAGUGUUUACAUUUUAUGAAAUAAAAAAUAAAAUAAAAUAAAAUAAAAUAAAAUAAAAUAAAAUAUGUGGUGGGCAGCACUGUUAAUUAUGGGAUGCAAAUUGGCCUGUAUGCAGGACACACAUUCCUACAUUAGAUGUAUUACCCUUCAGUAUCCCAUGGUGACGUAUUACAAACUGAUUUUAAAAGUCCCCUAAGUUUCAAAAAUGGUUUGCCAUGUGGUAUAGGAGGUGGUUUUUGAGAUGAGGGUCACAGUUUAAGAAAUCACAGUUGCCAGCUCCUUUGCUGAGCUGAACUACCGUAUUGAUGAAUCGGAAAUAAUGGAUAUUUAUCUCAUAAAUACCAUUGCUGAUCCACAUAGUUAAUCCUUACUGGUAAAUGUAUGUGUUUCGCUCCAUAUCCCUGUAGACAAAUUCUACAAUGAUAGCUAAACACUGUCACAUGGGCAUGUCUUUUGAUAGAAUAAUACUUGGUAAUACUUAUUUCCAUGACCUUUAAUAGAAAGUUAUAUAGUUUGAUGCUGAAUAGAUUUAACCCACCUAAAUCAAGAGCAGAUGGUUGCUUGCCUCAACCAAGACUUCAAAAGGGAAGAAAAAUUCUUUCCCCAUUUACUGUGAGACCUCUCAUUCCUAAUCCACAUGCUGUUUUUAUAGUAGUGGAAUAAUGUGUAAUAAAUUCAUAGAUUAAACAGCACUCUAUCCAAGUAUAAUCAAUCAAAAAUGACAGCUGAUUGAUUUCUUUUGUAAAUGAGAAUAUACUUAUUGUUUAAUUGAUUUCAGCAUUCUCCAAAAGGUGAUUUGAAAGUCAUAAUUCAAAUGCAGCUUAGCUGUAGUUUUAGUAAGAUUUUUACAUAAAUAAAAAAUGUUACUUUUGACAAUGCUGAUCGUUUCUUCCUUUCUCUUUUUUUAAACUCUGUGACAAGGACAUUUAUAAGACUCAUCUUGUCUAGAAAGGAUACUACAAUUUGCAUGUUCAUCAAGAGGUUUAUGUUUUAAAACUCCAGGAACAUUUCCCCACUUAGAUACAUCCUGUUAAAGCAUAACUUUGAAUGAACAUCUGAGUGUAAGUUAUAUCGUUAGGAAAAGGAAUCUCCCUUGGGUCUUGUGACUGUAGAAUUUAGGUACCAUAAAAAGCAAGAAACAGAUGGCAAAGCAACACAAAAGCAUUUAAAAAUAAACAUUAAUACAAGUUGGGAUACACAUCUUAUUAGGAAUGCAGUUUUAAUCAUAUUAACUGUUGUUGACAUUGCUACUUCAACUGCUUCAUGGGGCUUGAUGGAGAAAAAUCCUUAAUUAAUGUGGAAUAUGAUGCAUGUACAAUAUUAACAUAUAUUAUUUACUUUAAAAGAGUCCUUUUUUUAAAAAAAGAUAGUACUACAUUGCGUUCAGAAAACAAACUCAAUAAAUAUUUCCAAUUACUCCCAUAUCUUCCAUCUGUUUGUUGCAAAUGCUUUGCCAUUUUCUUAUUCAAAAAUAUUAUAGCAUAUAACAAGGUAGUCUUUAAUUCUUUUUCAGGGUAGAAUGCUACCAUUCAAGUCAAUGAAUAACCAUCUUAACUGACAAUCUAAGCAUGCCACAACAAAUAUCCUGACCUGAGAGACGCUGGACUCAGACCUUUACACCUGGAGCUCUGGUAUGCUCUCCACUGCAUGUCUUUGCAAAAUGGUUUCCCUCAUUUAUUUCAGUGACAUAAAGACUGCAUCACUUGUCAGCAACAGACUCUAAAGUCAGCCCUCAUUUUCUGUCAGAUUUUUAUGACUGUUGGCAUUGUAAAAUUCUUUUCUUUACAACAAUCACUUUGCAUUGACUUAUGGCACACUGGUUUCGUUAGCCAUUUUGAAUAAACCAGUGGAAAGGCAAGAUAUAAUUUUUUUAAAGAAAUAACUUAUAAGCAUUGAAACUAAUGAGCACAUGAGUUACUCCAUCAUCCGUGUGAUGGAGGAACACUUUACAUGCAUGUGAAAGACUCAGUGCGUGGAUACUGAAGUCCAGGGGGAUUCAGUUGAUUUGUUUUCAACAUUACCCUCAGCUUCAUGUGGUAAGGAAGUAAGGCCUCAUUUUCUGGGAAGCUUCAGCAACCCUCACUGUGCUAAGUGAAGAGAGUUAGGCCAUGAUAGACUAACAAUGCAUAAAUGGCUCUCAGGCAUCUCAAGUAACAGAUAAAGCCCCCUUCAUUCUGCACAACGUAGAUCAGCAGUGAGACCCACUGAGCUGAGAGGGGCUUACUUCUGCAUGCACAUGCAGCCCCUAUUCAUCUAUAUCUAUCUAAAUAUAAAAUAAUUGAGAUAGUUAACACUUAAAUCAUAAACUUUGUCACAACUCAUAUCAAGUUGGUAUUGGUCAACUCAUCAUAUUAAUACUUUUGUCACUAAUGGCUUUCCAUAUAUUCAGGAAAAAAAUGUGUUCUGGGAUAUAUAGAUUAGAUUAGAUGACACUCAUGGUGCUUCACAAUGAAUUACGGGGGAGGCUGAGAUUUGAAUUUAGUAUAUCAGAAUGGGAAGAUAGUGUAUGUUUGCAAUCUAUUUCUCCAAGCUGCAACAAGAUUAAGAUUACAAUUUUUAUGAAAUAUUGAUGCCAUUGCUGAGACACUUUUGGACAAUUCAGAGUUAAAAAUGAGCAUGUUAUUUGCAUUAAAAAACAUCUGUAUACAUCUCGAAGUGACAGGUGUGCUUAUGCACUGCAGAAAUGUGCCUCUGAGUGACAGGAGCCUUGAAACGUUGUUUAUGUGUUUAGCUCCCAGUAUCAAGGACAUGAUUUAGUAGGAAGCUCUCAUGUUAACACCAUUAAUAGCAUCUUCACCAACAUUUAUAAUCCCAUCCUAAAGAGGAUCAUUUCCUUCUUUUUUUGAAGUGAGAGCAAGGUUCCCUUAGCCUUAGCGCAUGACUUUCUGCUCAUGCUAUUGAAAGUUAAAAGGUAUCUGGUUAAAACAGUCAUUCCCAAGUUAAAGAAACAGAUUAAUUGAUGAGAAGUUCUGCAUUGAAAACAUGAAGGAGUAUACUUUUUCUUUGUUUCUUUCCUAUGGUAGUUGUUGUCAUUGUCGCAAAAUCCUGCUUGCAUUUUUCUAUUAUUAAAAUGAAUGUCAACACACAGAAAGGUAUGUUCACGCUGUCACAUCGCAUCUGAACUUUGUUUUGCAGGGAGAAGCCUUCGGUGAUUUGAUCACCUGUCAGAAGUGUCUCUGUGAAAUGUCUUGUAGAGCCUUCAGUUCUUUUUCCGUUACCAUCUGUGAAGCAAAAGAACAAAGCCCCCCUUGCCAACAAAGUAUGCCGGAAUAGAAGAAUUCAACAGACAUUCAGGUGGGGGGCUUUGCUGUCCAUGUGGAAAUCUUCUGCUAUCAAUGCUGCCCCCUCUCCCCAUACAGCCAUUAUCAUUACUUGUAAAACUGUGAUUAUACAGCCAAUAUGUUUGAAUUAAACACAGCUUUCCAAUGUUUUCCCAUAUUUAUCCUCCCCUGCUUCCUUUUCAUAGAUGGAUAACAGUCUGGAUCUCUCUACAACAACAGCCUGCCUGUUGUUGUUGUAGAGAGAUAUUUUAAAUCAAACCAUAUGAUGACAUCUUCUAACCUGCCUUUCAGCACAUGCAUGGUCAAUAUAGGCAUAACAAUGUUCUGAAGUGUUAUGUUACUUAGGUAUCUUCUUGCCAGGCCCCAGGAGGUCCUCUCAGAUGCAGAGGGUAGUGCCAGUCCCAGCUGAGACUCAAACUGGAGGCUUCCUGAUGCCCAUGGUGGCAACUCACCUGAAGACAGAGAAUCGAGGGGAAAGGAGCAGUAUGGUUUCACUCCCCCUCUGUCUCCAAUCUACAUUAUGAAUGAUUUCGGGUCAGCAUAGGGCUUUGCCUUUGAAACAGAUGAUUGUCUUGCUUCUGUGCUUCCUUAGUCACAUACCAGAAGCAACCUGGCAGCCAGUGUGAUCUUCUUCUACCUCCCUGACUUCAGCUUGCCUCUCUCCAUUUGCCCCCAUCAUGCAGUUCCCCAGCCCUGACAUCCUCAUGUAUGCAUUGAGUGUAUCUGUAGGGGAAGCUAUGUUUGACUGUGUGUGUGAUUAUGCUAUGUGUUUGGGGGGUUUUGUAUUGUAAAACGCCCUGUGAUCCUCGGAUUAAGAGCAUUAUAGAAAUUUAACAACAACAGUAGCAUGAAUAGUGAUAUGUGUGCAUAGAUUCCCCCCCCCCCAUCUUUCUGUGUCCAUGUGCGGAUGGGGCUAGUUGGAAUGUGUGAUGUUCGGGCAGGGGCAGGAGGUGUGGCUUUACCUCCCAUUCAAUGUGUACAUUCCCUUUAACCUGUGUCAGGCACAUGGAGGACUAACAGGUGCAUAAAAAGACAGAAUAACAUUUUCUGAGUGAUAUAAUACUGCUGUUUGCAUAACAAUGAGGGCACUUUGCUGUGAUAUGUGCUUCUCUGAGCAACAAAUGAGUAACAGCUGCUCCCCUUUUUUGCCUAAAAGUUCUACAGCCAAAUGAGCCCCACAUUUGGAUAUUUAAAGGUAGAGCUUGAUUUGACAAAAUGGCAGCCCUCUGUUGAGUUCCCUUCUCCUUUUCCCAUUAUGUGAAGCAAUGGAAGCAUGUGAUGUGACAUCAUCACAUUGUCCAUUUCCCUGCCUACACCCUCUGGAAAUGAAUAAGGAAGAGCAUCACCACAUCAUACAUUUCCAUUCAAACACAUCAUGGUGGACAAGAGGGGAAACUUGACAUAGUUUGCUCUUUUGCAGGUUGGUUGACCUGUAUUUGUUAAACAGAAACUUGCACCCAACUUGGUGCAUUCUUAUCUUUAGGUUAUAGUAAAAUACAGUAGUGGGUUGCUUAAAAGAAAUGUGUUCAUUGAAAGAGCUCGUGCCAAAUGCCUUGACUGUGCAUCUACAGCCACCUUCCGGAUUUUUUAAUGUGAAAUCAACAUUCAAAUAGGAUUCUCUUUAUUUAAAUUAGACUUAUUAGAAAUUUAAAGCAGAUGAAGACACUUUCAAUAAAAUGAAUAAAUAAUUAAGGCAAAUCUGUAUACUUGUCAGAAGUUCCAUAUUAAGAAUUAGGAGAAGAGAGACAGCUUCCUGACAGUUCUGUCCCAUUUUUUUUUUUUUUAAAUCAAGAAAGGUAAAUUUAAAGAGAGAGAGCGAAAGAAAUAGUGUGUGUAUGAGAGAAGCUUGAUGUUCUUUUCAAGUUUGCUUGAUCAAACCCCAAACCCCAAAAUGGUGCCAGAUAACUUCGCUGAUAAUAAUCAUAGCCUUUAAUCACAGAUAAAAAAAGAGAGUGAAGCGAUGCAACUUUAUUUAUUUAUUUGCUUGCUUAUUUAUUUAUUUUAUCAGGCAGGAGGGGAGGAAAGAGUGAGAGCGAGAGUGAGAGUCAAGACUUUAUGCUUCAAGCAGUUUUAAGCAUUGAUCUGGUUUGUGAAAUACAAUAACAGAUUGCAUGUUAGAAACUGGUCAGUAGGCAAUGCAUUGUCAGCAAACUUAGACAAUAAUCCUUUGAGUGUUGGAGCACUGCAGCCGUUAAUAACAGAGCUUGUUAGCUAAAAGCUGGCAAAGCCUCAAGUAUUUAAGAGGAUUACUGCUAUAAACCAUAUUAAUUUUUUUUCCAAAAAAAAUUCUCCCUCUUUAACAUUCAGAGCCAUUGUCAUACUUUGUGACGAGCUCCAUUUUUUUAUUUCAAUAUUUUUUAAAAAUUAGUUUCUGUGUGGGUAAUGGAUCUGAUAUUGUAUGGGGCAUUUUAGUUGUUGUUUUUAAAUAAAUUAGGUAUCUGGUUCUCCUUGAAUGGCAAUGGAAAUCAAAGACCUAACUCACUUUCAACUCAGGGCCAGUAACUGAAGCUGAUCUAGAAGUGCUCACCUUUCUUGAGAUUUGUUUUCUCUGUUCUGAGCAUUUGUUUGGGGGUGCACCAAACUGCUUGCCAAUAAACCAUAGUUACAAAAUAUUGGAGAACAUGAAGCAUACUGGGACACUGUUGAGCCACAUUGCCAAAAGUUAAUAUGUGGUCUGGCUUAUCAUUACGUCUAAAUAUUGGCUUGUGGUUCCUUUCACCCAAACAAGCCAUGAGAACAAACCUUGGAUACUACUUGGGGGUUGUUUGGGGAGAACAAUCCAUGAGCCCAGAUUCAGAUGCUCAGGAAAAGGGCUCUAAGUCUGUGACAGCUCAUGCUUUGAAUGCAAAGUCUCCCAGUUUCAAUCUUAGGUGUUGGAAUGAAAUCACGACAGACGAGUAGCAGGUGUCAUGUGAGAGGCGUCUCUCGAGCAAGUCCCGAGAAGAAGGACCCUUGGUAGGACUAGGAAAGAUUCCAUUCUGAAACCCUAGAAAGUGACUACCAGUCCGUCUCAGUGUAGACCAGAGCUUGGCAGCCUUUAGGCUUCUGCAAUCUACCUUUCUUUCAUUACAGCCACAAGGUCCACCAAGCAGUUGUCGUUGUUGUUUAGUCGUUUAGUCGUGUCCGACUCUUCAUGACCCCAUGGACCAGAGCACGCCAGGCACGCCUGUCUUCCACUGCCUCCCACAGUUUGGUUAAACUCAUGCUGGUAGCUUCGAGAACACUAUCCAACCAUCUCGUCCUCUGUUGUCCCCUUCUCCUUGUGCCCUCCAUCUUUCCCAACAUCAGGGUCUUUUCCAGGGAGUCUUCUCUUCUCAUGAGGUGGCCAAAGUAUUGGAGCCUCAGCUUCAGGAUCUGUCCUUCCAGUGAGCACUCAGGGCUGAUUUCCUUCAGAAUGGAUGGGUUUGAUCUUCUUGCAGUCCAUGGGGCUCUCAAGAGUCUCCUCCAGCACCAGAAUUCAAAAGCAUCAAUUCUUCGGCGAUCAGCCUUCUUUAUGGUCCAGCUCUCUAUGGUCCAUACAUCACUACUGGGAAAAUCAUAGCUUUUACUAGAUGGACCUUUGUUGGCAAGGUGAUGUCUCUGCUUUUUAAGAUGCUGUCUAGGUUUCUCAAGCAGAGAGAUGUGCAAAAUAAUGGCUCUGAUGAGAGGACACAUAGAAGAAUUGAGGAAAGUUCGUUUUUGAGCACAUGCUCCGCUCAGUUUUGGACAAAAAUCCACUCCUCGUUUUCCACCAAGCUUUUUUUGCUUCAACAGCCUGAUUUAGAGAGGUAGGUGAGAACCUUUUUGCUGUAGCCACUGUUAGACCAUGGGGAGUCAGAAACCCCAGACUCCCUACUUCAGAUCACCCAGAGUUCUACUGGCCGAUCCAAAUCUACCUUCUCUUUGCUCCUGAUGUGGACAAAGCUGAGUGAGAUGGAUCAAUGGCCCUGCAAAGCACCUUCCUAUGCUACAGCGGUCAACGGGUUGCCACCUUUGCCUGGGCAAAAUAAGGGACCGGUUGGGCAAAGUACGGGAGAAGUAGGGGGAAAUCUUUUAGAUAUUCUCUGCCACUGGCAGGAUAAUGAUGACUUCAAAAAUGUAUCAAAUGGGUAGGGGACUCUUUGCCCCCCAAAAUGAGACAAUCCCGUAUUUUAAGGGACAGGUGGCAACCCUACACCAGUGUCCUCUGAAACCCUUAGAGAUUCAUUCCAUGGCAGAUGCUCUGGGGUUCCUUGACUGUGGAAAGGCUUCUCUGCUGGUAGAAUGUUCUAAAGCUGCUGCUAUAUUAAUUGGUCUCCAGGGCAUCCAUGAUAUGAAACUAUCGUAUGUGAAACUCCUGCAGCCAACAAUUAGAAGUGAUUUUUAAAAGACUUGCCAUGCUUUGUGUGAGUGGUUUUUUAAAAAAGUCACUUGUUUUAAGAAAUAUAUAUAUAUAUAGCGCAAUCUUGGUAAUAAUUUAAAGGAUACCGCCUUUGUUCAAUUACUUCACAGACAAGGAACUUAAUUGCUGCAGGGGGCUAUGGGAUUCAUUCAAAAACGAAGCCCACCUUAUCGUGUGAUUUAUGCAGCUGCUACAUGUUACAUUGGGGACAUGGGUGGCACUGUGGGUUAAACCACAGAGCCUAGGGCUUGCCGAUCAGAAGGUCGGUGGUUCGAAUCCCUGCGACAGGGUGAGCUCCCGUUGCUCAGUCCCUGCUCCUGCCAACCUAGCAGUUCGAAAGCACGUCAAAGUGCAAGUAGAUAAAUAGGUACCGCUCCGGCAGGAAGGUAAAUGGCGUUUCCGUGCACUGCUCUGGUUCGCCAGAAGCGGCUUAGUCAUGCUGGCCACAUGACCCAGAAGCUGUACACCGGCUCCCUCGGCCUAUAGAGCGAGAUGAGCGCACAACCCCAGAGUCAGUCAUUACUGGACCUAAUGGUCAGGGGUCCCUUUACCUUUACCUUUACAUGUUACAUUGCAUGAUUGGCAGUUAAAGUUUUUGCCAUCUGCACUUUAAUAUUUAAAUGUUCUCCUAACCUUUACCUAAAUGUAGAAUGCUAGCAGGUUAUGGAGAAAGCCCUUUUCCUGACUCCCUAUGUUUCUAUGUCCAGGGAUAUUUUUUUUUUCUUUUCAUGGGAAUGAGGAACAGCUUUAUCACUUGAGUCUGCUGAUUAGUAUAAAUCACCAGAAGUUCUUCAUAUUCACUAAAGACAACUUAAAUAAAGAUGUAAAGGCAGGCACAGUCUCUUCUUUCUUUUUGAUAGCAAGUGAAACUUGCCUCUUAACUGUGCCUUCAGAGAUUAGGUUAUAGGGUUGGCUUUCGAAUAGAUAUCUAUAGGACUGUGCUUUAACAACGCAGUUAUCCUACACUUGUCUACCCAGAAAUAAGUUCUAUUAAGUUCAAUGGGCUUACUCCCAGGUAAGUGGGUAGAGGAUUUCACUGUAAGUGAGCAAUUCUUGCUAUUUGGGGGAUUGUGGGUUUAUGAGAGUGCUUUGUUUUACUUAUCUUGCUGUUGCUAAUAUUUUGUUAAGAUUUCUGGUUAUUUUGGGGGGUUUAUUUUUUUAGAUGGUGGUUUUCAUGGUGAUUUGUUUUGAAUGUAAAUCAAUCUUAAAUUCACUUUUCAACAUUUCUAUGUCUGUUAGUGUGUGUGUGUGUGUGUGUGUGUGUGUGUCCUCAUGAAAAUUCAGCAGCAUUUUAGUUUUUUACACAAUUUGGGAUGCAAUUUUUCCCAAUUGACACAAUUGCACAAAGCAAUUUCCCCAAUAUAAUACACUUUGCAGGCUGUUUUCACCAAUCUAUCCAUUUUUAUGCACACUUAAUGCUAGCAUAUGUAUCUUAUUUAUUUAUUUAUUUUUACUUUUUUACAUUGCUUGGCUGGAGAUCUCCUAUGCAACAAUUCAGAGCAGUGAAUUUUUUGUAGAAUGUUUCGGCCUCACACCUUGUUUUGGAAAGCACAGAUUAAGUAGGUUUACUUUUUAAAUGCAAAGGGAGUCGACUCUUUUCACCAUCCUAACCAUGGUCCACCCAUGAUUUGGGUACACUCUGCAUGAGCAAAAUAGUUUUACCUUCUUCAGGAUGAGAAAUUAUAUUUCUCCAAAUUAGCAUAAUCAUAAAGAUAUUAAAACCCAGCUCUUGUUAGUGCCUACAAUACCUCAGGGGGGAAAAAGACAAUAAAAGAUGAAGCUUCAUAUUAUGAAUAUGAUUGUGUUGUCAGCCAUUUCAUGCUUUCCAUGGCUCUAUUGGCUCUGCUCUUGAAUUCAGACAAUGCCAUUGGCAGCCAGGGUAAUUUUCAGCUCACUCUUCAUGACAAAUGGAAGCAGAGAACAGCAGUGAGACACCUUUGUGUAAGUGCUAAAAUUGAUUGUGAAAGACUCGCCUCCCUUCUCGCCAAACAAGGAAAGGGGUGUUUAUGUAAAGCUGCAACUCGAAAUGAAUCUUCAUUAACAGAAUUGAGAUAGAAAGCGACAUAAAGGGAUUCCCUUCCCCCUCUUUCACCUGCAGAAAUGAACUGGGGAGUGUAUUGAUGGAUAUAGCUGAACAAACAAGUAAAAAGCAUCUGGUUUUUCUGAUCGACAUCUAUUUUGAGAUACUAUUGAUAACUAAAUUGAAAGCAAUAGUGAAUACAUCAGGAAAAAGGAAGGAAGGAAGAAGUCAUGGCUGAGUAGGGUGGAUUGAUAAUACUUUUCACUUUUAUACCGAGGUCAAAACGGAUUUAUCCACCAGCUUGAAUAAGAUAGAUGAGGGCAGCUCAAUUUAAUCUAGAAUGUUAAUUGUUCAAUGCAUUUGCAAAGGCAGAAACUGUAGGCUUGUACAGACAGUCAAACAGGGUAGAAAUUAAUGUUUGUGGGGGCGGGGUGGAGAAAAUAGGAUUGAGUCUGAUGAUUCCACCCAAACCUUCAGACAUUGAUCAGGACUUGAGCUCAAUAAAUGAUGUGCGUCUGUAACCUUGAGGGCAGGCCCUUUAAAUACAGAAAGGAGUAACAUGGAACCUGGCACUCAAAAGAAGUGUGUCAUUACUACCCCGUCUGUGCUUUUGCCCCUCAAAUGACAGCAGUCUUGCUCAGCCUCCUUGUGGGUUUUGCAAGGUGUGUUGAUUCGUUUACUUCAAAAACCCAUCUCUCCUGCUCAUUCUGCUGACUUGGGACCCAGACAUUUGUCCUAAAGUCCUGAGAGCACCACUGGGUAGCAGGCCCUCUAAGUCUGCACUGUUGAGUAAAGUGCUGUGUUGCAGAGGAGUGAAAGUCUGAAUCACAGCAAUGGCCAGUUCAGUUAGGGACAGGGUGUGUGUGUGUUAGAAAGGUACAUAAGGGCUUUUUUCCUCUUUCACCUGUGGAAAAGAACUGGGAGUGUGUUGAUUGAUAUAGCUAGACAAGCAAGUGAAAUGCAGCUGGAUUUUCUGAUCAACAUCUGUUUUGAGAUACUAUUGAUACUUAAUUAAAAGCAAUAGUGAAUGUGUGUGUGUGUGAGAGAGAGAGAGAGAGAGAGGAGGGGCUGCAUAUGAAUGACAGCAAGAGAGAGGGUGUUUGGGGUUAAUGGUUGUGUGUGAAUUAGAGUCUGGCAGAGAGGAUCUAGUGAGUAGCUAAGUGGGAAGGGGAGAGCUGAGAUUGUCGGGAAAGAGGACGCUGCUCUGUGUGAAUUAGAAAAUUAUAGAGUUGGAUGUGCACAUGCGGGGCUGGCUGAAGCCAUUUUGCUGCUUCAAGUGAAGGACUUUGUGGUAUCACGACCCAGAUUUGAUGCAAAAGUUGUCCGAAUUGCCCAUUGAAUCAUAUUUCCACACUGAUGAGGACAGGAUUCACCUAGGAUCAGCCAAGUUAGCACACACAGUUCUGUCCUCCAACAUUGUUCUACUGCUCCCUGCCCUCCAUCCACAUCUGCUGCCUAAGGCACCUGUCUUAUUCUCUUAAUGUUAGGGCAAAAUAGUAGGACUGCAGGGGAAUCAAAUAGUUAAUACUUGGCCUAUACAUGCAUUGAAUCAACAUGUAGAAGAGAGUGGACGGGUUCUGGAUGACCCACAACCAGCGUCUAUGUAUCUGACAGCCCUGCUCCCUCACUCCGGUAUGUUGGGUGUAACGUAAGGUAGGAUCCCACAUGCGUACAACUGUGUGUACAGGCUCUACUCACAAUUAGGAACCAUACAUAUGUGCAUGUUGUAUAUCUCUAGAGCCCAUUUUUAUUUUCCUUUUAUUUUCCUUCCAGACCACCAAAAUUGGCACAGAUCUCAGGGGUACUGGCCACAACCAUACUUCACACCAUAGACUGAUGUACUGUGGAGUUUCAGCUACAUCUUCCUGGUAGCAGACUGAUGCUCAUCCAUCAGUUUCCUGUACAAGCGCAAUUGUCAUCCAGCAGAGACAGCAAUGCUGCUAUUAUGGCUACUCAUACAACAGAGGCUAGACAAAGACAUCCACUUCCGCCCACUAUAACAAUCUGGGAGAAUGAGAUAUAACAAUCUCAUCCAGUUCUGUUUGACCUCUGAUUCUUCUUGAAUGGAUAUCCAAAUGGAUGGAUAUCCAAAUCAAAAGCCAAAGUGAGCAGGUUUGUUACUGCAUGUAAGCAAUAUCUUAAUUCAUAAGAAUCACGUUCCGAAUCCAAAUAAUUUACUGUUACUGAAUAUGUGGGUCCUUCCCAUUGAUAUUCUCACUUAUUGGCAUGGGUAUUGAUUGCCAUGUGCACAGGUAUUGGUAUUGGCACCACGGUUGGAACAUUUUAAAUGAAACACAGAAUACAUGGAAAUGCUGGACCUGAAAUGCCGAAAUAAUUUUUGUACAGGAUGUGUGCAUCACAAUUAAUCACAAAAGUGCAGACAUGGCUUAUUUUGCACCAUUGCCCGUUCAGAAACACAGACUUUUCACUUUGUUGUGCACUGGCUUAAUUGCAAAUUGUCCCCCCAUUAAACAAGCACACGCGCGCACACACAAAACCACUGACCUGAGCAGCGUAAAGUUGCCCUUGGGCCUGAAACAUAAUGAUUGUACAGUUUUGGCUUAAAUGCAUAAGAACUUGUGCCAUGCAUCACUCCUGUUUUUCCAUGGCUCCAGCAAUGCUCUUGGUUGUUUUUCAAGAUUUUUCUGCAACAGCAAACAUUAUUUUUGCUUCAAGAGCACAGCAGAUAUUUAUGGCUUCCCUACUACUGUGAUUUCUGCCUUCUUCUUUCCUCCACCUUCUACUAUCUGAGACAUUAAACAUUUCUUUAUAAUUAGUGAGCCUUGUCAGGCUGGUGCAAAGUAGCGGAGCAGUUGGCAGGCAGCCUAAGAGCAGAAGCAAGAAUAGCUGGUUCUUGGAAGCAGAGAUAGAAGCAGAAGUUGAACCAAGAGACAAAUCCCUUACAGUUGGCUCAUUCUCAUCUUGGCAAACCUGAAAUGUACACAGAGAAAAUAAUAAAGAAAGUAAGGACAGGAAGUGUGUGGGAGAAUACGGAUAAUAAACACAUAAAUUAAGCAAACUCCAGAUAGCUGUCAGUGUAUAUUAAUGACCAAAAAGCGUAUUUCCCCACUUGAUCUUCAAAAUGUGAUUAAACAUCUGAGGCAACUUUUUCUUGAAUGAAGCAGAAUUACAGGGGACUGCAACACCCCUACCAUAACCUGAUGCCUUCUAGCUCUUACAAAUAAACAUAAGUUACACACACACUCAACCUGUGCAGGCGGGCAGGCAGCGCAGCAUAGCCACACUUGGCUCCAGUGGGGGGAUCGCUCUGGUGGCCUCAGUGGCUAGGGCUGGGUGGGCUCUGUUCACCCUCCGUGCUGUGGCACCCUGGCACAUGCAUUCCCCAGUGUGCAAGCAGCCCCCCAGUGCCCACCGGGCACCAGCAACCCACGGUAUGCCACUAAUUGAUUUUAAUUGUUUUACUGAUGAUUUGUUAAUUAUUUUAUAUGAUGAUGCUGUCUUUGUGAUGUUCUGUUCUGUUAUUGUUAUGUAUUGUUUGCAAGCCGCUUUGAAAUUCAUUUGAAUGAAAAGCGACAUUAAAAAAUACAAUCAAUCAGUCUGACCACAAUCUGCACCAUCACCCAAAGGGAAAAUGCAGAGCUGUGGCCGGCUCUGUGCCGCGAGUCCGGGGUCAACCGAGCCAGUGAGACACUGAGGCGGCCAGCUGGCUCUGCCCUCCUGCAUGCCUGGGACUGGGCAACCUGGGGGGGGGGGGCUUUGCACCCUGGCACUGCAUAUGCUUAAGAUAGCCCUGUCCCCACCCCUUGUCAUUGCUUACAUGGAGAGGGGACAUGAGCCAUCUGACAAGAAGAGAAGGAGUAGAAUCAGGACCAGGAGGUUCCAGCCAUUAGCAGUGAGUCUCUUGAACUGGGGUGAGCCUUGCCAGAAGCCCAGUAUUGCUAAGCUCUGACUCUUGGCCCUGUCUGUAUGAACGGCCCGCUUCCUGUUUUCUACAUGACAGAAAUGGAAGGAGAUACAAUCCAUGUAGCAGUCACUUCUGCAUUUGCAGGGUUUUGAUAAUUGCCUUUCCCAACCGUUUGCACUUUGUCUGAAUUUAUUCCGGAUUUGUUUUCUGUUAUUCCUUUUAAAAUAAUGACCAUGGAAAAAGAAAUCUGAAGGGCUGCUUUGGGUAAUAUUUGGCAGCUGCUGCCUUUGAAGGCCUUUUUAUGGCUCGACUAGGACAAACAAAAGUAGUUAGCAGCCAGUAUUUUCUUACAAUAAAUUUCAGCAUAAAUCCAAGCUGCUAACAGCUACAAAUGUAUCUCCAUAGGCAAAAAAUGCACAGGCUAUCCUUCCUAUUGCCGCUUUCAAAACCACACUCACAGACCGCUAACCGCCUCUGUAAAUCAGAUUUCCCUGUGUGUGUCAACUGCUCUUGGAAUCUGCAGCCAACAGGUAGAUUUAUUUUUAAAAAACAAAGAACAGCAGAAUGUAAUAAGCCUUUUCUUUAAAGCCAGGUUUCCUUGUCUGAAAUGGAACUGAUGUUAUUCCAUUUUUAACUCUCUAAUUGCAUCUACAUACUGUAAUUAGAAAUCUAUGGCUAUGAUCCAUAGGCCUAUUUAUUCUAAGCACUCUGCUCCUGCACGAUUUAUCCUCUUUGAAGAAACUUGGAUUAAAUAGACAAAUCCAAACUUCACAGUGCAACAUUUUUAUAAAUGGCACCAGUUCCCCCAUUUAACAACAAAAGCAGAUGCACGAAAUCUUCAUUUGCUUUCCUGCUUUCUAGGUAUUUAAUUCUGAGCAAAUAUUCAGUAUUCCCCCAAUGAACCACAGCUUCCGAUUUAUAGGCUUUGCAACUCAGUUAGCCAUGUGUCUCCCCCUCCCCCCAAAAAGCAUGUUCUGGUUCUCCUUAGCCAUGUUCUGAUGACAAAACAUCAAUUUCUCCAUCCUCCUCCAUGUCAGUGGAGAAACGGAUGCCAUGAUGAGGUCAGAACAGUGAUAAGUUGCAGCAAAAACAUUAUUGAAGAGGGAUGGAGGAGGCAUUAGACACAUGGAUGCUGAAUCUGGUGGCAGCUGAGUGUAAUAAUGUCUAGUUCCCCCCAGAAUCAUAUUCCAAGAUCAACUAAUCCUUCCCAAAUCAUGGAAGUUACAGGCUGCUGUGUGUCAUUCGUUCAGUAUCAUUUGUUCUGAAAUUCCUCUAGGGACUCUGGACUGCAACCCUUAUUGUGCUCUGUUUAACACUGGAGGUCUUGCACUGGGUGCCUGCACCAACUGAUGUUUGGUGGGUGUAUCCACUGGAACAAGGGUGGGAAACGCUUUUCAGCCUUAAGGCCACAAUCCAUUGUGUCUGACGUUCCAGGGACUGCAUGACUGUGUUGGAUAGGGAGAUUUACAUUUACGCAAGCCCAUUCAUGAAUAUCUACAGUAACUCCCACAUAGAUCUAUUAUUACACAUUCAUUCAUUCAGUCAUUCAUUCAUUGCACACCCAUCCAUCCUCCCAUAGCAAUUAGGUUUGAGAAAACACUGAAGUUUCCCCCCAAGUCUAAUUGCUAUAGAGAGGUGAUCUUCACGGAGUGCAAAGGGAUGGCAGGGUUAACCGUUUCCUCAUCAGCUGCAGUCUCAUUGAAGAGCCCCCACCCCACCCCCAUUCAACAAUUAAACUUGAAAACAGCUGCCCAUUGGAAUCAAUGAGAGCUUGCUUAAAGGCCUAAUUGCUGCAUGGGAAGUGAUUUUUGGCAGAGGAGUCACAGCAUGGGAGGAAAGGAGGCUUAAUCCAUUCCUCCAUAGUUGUGAUUUCACCCUUCCCUAGAAAGUACUCCUUGCACAGCAAUUAACUCUGAAAAGUGAGCUCCAAUAGGAAGCUUAUUUUCAAACCUAAUCGCCAUGCAGUGGAGAGAUGGGGGUGGGGUCUAUGUGCUGGAUGAGCAGGUUCUAUGGGCCACAUCCAGCAUAUGGAUUGGGAAUUUCCAACCUUUACAUCAGAAGUAGGAAUGCCAGAUUGAUAGGAAUUUGCCCUUUCUGCAGAUGCUUGCCCAGUUCCACCAUUCUGGUCCUUUCAGCGCCAGAUUAAGACCUAGCUUUUCAGGAUGUCCUUUCGGCCACAGUUUUCUCCUUGAAUGACACUAUCAGCCAGCCAUCAGCUCCUGAGAAAAAUGGCACCUUGUCCAUACUGACACCAUGUAAACUCCUACCUUGAAGAAUUUCACCCCCUCAUACACAAAAAAAACCCCUGCCCUGUAUUUGGAGUAAGUAGCUGAAUUUCACCACUCUCAAUAUCUAAGGGAAAGUUCUUAAUGCCAGAACUUUCACCUUAGCCUCAGUUUAACCCUUCCCCCCCUUCAUUUUUUGAGAAAGUCAGCAUAACAGCUUAAAACAACAAUAUGCUUGUAAUGUUUUCCCACAGAGGCCACUUUUACACUGGGCAGCAAUACAAUAUAGAGAUAUUUUAUUUUGUUCAUUAUUUAAACUCCAGAAGAGCCCUCCUUGAUCAGACCACAGGCCUAUCUAGUCUAACAUUCUGUUUCCCUCAGUGGCCAAGCAGAUGCUUCUGGGAAUACCACAAGGAGAACAAGACAGCGUACAGGAGGCAGCCAUUUAUUUUCUUCAGUUUGAACCCCCAUUUCAAGUUACAGAUUAAAACUAAAAUAAAAUGUGUGUACAUAUGCGCUUCACAUUCUAUAGUUACCUUAACAUUUAACCCAAAGCGACAUCUGAAACAAAUUUAGAGAGGUCUCUAUGAAGACAAAAUAUCUGAGGGAAUUCUGAGGGAACUUAAAAUAAUUUCUUUAAAUUUAGGAGUUGUUGUUUUUUAAUGACUCAUGUUUCCUACUAGUAAACAUGCAAGCAGGCAGUUGUGGAUUUUGUGCAUGUUUGACAAAGCAAAAGAUAAUAGCAGGAGAAAAUCAAAAUCAGAUUUGCAUCCCCGCUUCUCAGUUCUCUACAGCCUGUAGGCUUGUAGGCUUUGAUUUUACGGUUUACGAGUUCAGGACCAGAAGUGAAGUUCACAUUUCUGCCGUCCCCUCCGAGGAAUAGCAAAAGGCUUGGCCAUCAAUCUGGGCUAUUAUUCUGGUGUGAUGUAUAGCUUUUGUCAAGAAACUAAGAAAAGAACACCCAUUUCGAAAUGCUCUUGUCAGUAAAAACCUUAGGAACCUCACAUCUAUGGGCACUUUGUGUUUUCAUCACAGUUUCAAAUUAAUUAGUGAGAGACUGCUUCAAAAGCCUUAAUCUGAGCGAGUGUAUUAAGACACAUGCAUUAGCAGUUUCCUGUUUUCGUUUCGACAUUGCAUGGUUUAAAGAGUUCUUUUUACGUUCAUUGAAGACUAUUGAGGGCCUUAAUGCACAAUAUUGACAGAGUAAUAAAAAUAGCAAAUUACAUUGCAGGCUUUGUGCCAACUUCAUUAAAAUCCCAGUCAUACAAAUAUAUAUAUAUAUAUAUAUAUAUAUAUAUAUAUAUAUGGAAGCAACAGCAUGACUGCAUAGAGUCCAUUGCAAAAGCUACAGAUUUACUUUAAGGCAGCAAUUCUAUAGCUGCUUACCUGGAAGUAAAUCUCAUUGAACUGCAAGGCGGCAAACCUAUAUACCAACUGUCUUCUGAGCAGAAUUGUAUAGGAUUGUGCCAUAAAUCAUGAAGGGCGGUGGUACCGUGUGGUGGUAACAGUAGUGUGGUCCCUUAACACCCACAGACCCAUACACCAUGUUUUAAAAAAGGACACUUUGCCCAUAUAUAAGAAUUACAUCAGAGCAGGGAAACUGUGGAGGGAAUGUUUAGGCAUCAGUAAUGACUGCAACCCAGAUAGAUCCCUCUAGUAAUAGCUACAACUAUUAGAUGAACAAAACAAUCUCAUAUUUAAGAGCCAUAAAACCUAGGAAAAUAAGCAGUUCAGCAUUAAGGCUGUAAGGAAUAUAUAAAUGAUGAAGCUGUGGACUGUAGGCCUGUCUCCCAGUUAUAAACAAGCCACUUCCAUUGUUUUAACUCAAGCAUUUAAAAUAUUUGUUAUUCCAUAAAACGAGCUGAAAUAACGUAACCUACCCAAGGAGAAGGGAGGUGCUUAUAAAAAUAAUGGCACGAGGCAGUCAAAGCGAAGUAUUUGAAAGUCCACUUCAUUUUAGUAGCAGAUGAAAUCAAUGGGGAUUUAAACUGUGUUGAACAUUGACUGAAUUAUGCCUGAAAUUGUGGUCAUGACCCAUUUUGGGCUCUACUUCGAUUGCCUUCAAAUCCAAAUUAUAAUUACUACUAUUAUCCAAUAACCCAAAGAAAGGCAAUAUGCUAUUGGGAUCACAUUCUCUACUACGUUGAGUUGUAUGAUACAAGGAGAAAUGGUGGGAGCAUGGUGGGGCAACUGCAUCUCUGGACCAUUCCUGCAUGCCAAGACAGAGAAGGGUGAGGCAGUGACAAAGUCAGCGCCAUACAAAUGUGCAAAUGUGCCAGCAGCAGCACCAGAUUACCUCUGCCAGCAUGUUUGCACUGCACCAAUCUCUCGGCCGCCUUCCCUAUUCCCCUCUCCUUUCCACUAUGUAGCAGUGACAAAACCACUAAGUGGUGCUGACCCUCCAAACCAUCGGUUUGGAGGUUUGUGUGUGUGCAACCCUAGGUGGGUGAGGAAUUAUGAAUGCAGCAAAUGGCUGGCAGUGUGUAUAGAUCCUCCUCAAAAUCAGUUGUUAGGGCUCUGCAUGUAUAGCCCUGUGUGAAGAUGGGUGAUUGCACCAUUCUGGUAUUUGAGAGGUGGACUUUGAAGGCUGUAUUGCCCAUUCUGGUAUUUGAAGACUGUAUUAGCCCUUUCAGAUGGAGUUAGGCCUGCUAUGUAGUUAGUGGUUCAAGCGCAACCGUGUGUGUGUGCGCGCGUGCAUUUGUGAGUGUGUCUGUGGAUAGAUGAAGACAAGAGGUGGUGUCGGAAUAGCGCAGUAAGGUAUGUGUUGUCUCUAAGAGGGCUGGGACAUUAUUUGGGGUCCUUGUCUGGCAGAAAAAUGGUUUGAGCCAGCACUGCUUUCAAGCAGGUAAUUAGUGUGACUGCCAGCUGUUUAACAGGACUGCGUUUUGCAGCCCUAGCCGCUUUAAGUUGGAUCAGGCCAGAUUGUCCAGUUCAGAAACCCGUUAUGCAAGAUUAUUGUGAAUUAUACCUUAGUACAAUAGCCGACAAAGGUCCGUAUAGUUAAAGCUAUGGUUUUCCCAGUAGUGAUGUAUGGAAGUGAGAGCUGGACCAUAAAGAAGGCUGAUCGCUGAAGAAUUGAUGCUUUUGAAUUAUGGUGCUGGAGGAGACUCUUGAGAAUCCCAUGGACUGCAAUAAGUUCAAACCUAUCCAUUCUGAAGGAAAUCAGCACUGAGUGCUCACUAGAAGGACAGAUCCUGAAGCUGAGGCUUCAUGAGAAGAGAAAACUCCCUGGAAAAGACCCUGAUGUUGGGAAAGAUUGAGGGCACAAGGAGAAGGGGACGACAGAGGAUGAGAUGGUUGGACAGUGUUCUCAAAGCUACCAGCAUGUGUCUGACCAAACUGCGGGAGGCAGUGGAAGACAGGAGUGCCUGGUGUGCUCUGGUCCAUGGGGUCACGAAGAGUCGGACACGACUAAACAACUAAACAACAACAGCACAAUAGUCUAGUAUCUACACACAUUCACACAGUUGUCUCUAUUCUCCAUCCAAUGAUUCAAGAAGCGUUAUCAGAGUUCAAGGGAAUCUUCCAGCCCAGGAUGUGUGUGUGUGGAUCAAGGAGGGUGUGAAUGAGGACCAUGAGGAAGAAAGGCUGUGGCUUGGAAGUGGUAUAGCUCAAAUUCAGGUAAGUGGAUGAAGGACUGCAGACAGCCUAAUGCUGCACAUGGCAGCAGGUCAUGCAGUCUGCUUCAUAAGGGUUGGAUCCCACCAGCAUGAGUGAUGCAUGGUACCUACCAACUUUCUGAACCCAAACUGUGCAUUCUAUUUUGUAAUUGUUUCUGCAUUAAGGGAUCAUAGAAUCAUAGAGUUGGAAGAGACCACAAGGGCCAUCGAGUCCAAGCCCCUGCCAAGCAGGAAACACCAUCAGAGCACUCCUGACAUAUGGUUGUCAAGCCUCUGCUUAAAGACCUCCAAAGAAGGAGACUCCACCACACUCCUUGGCAGCAAAUUCCACUGUCGAACAGCUCUUACUGUCAGGAAGUUCUUCCUAAUGUUUAGGUGGAAUCUUCUUUCUUGUAGUUUGGAUCCAUUGCUCUCUGUCCGCUUCUCUGGGAUGACUAUGAAAAUUACCGUAACAUGGUUGCCUGAAUUUUUUUGGUCCGGUCAGGCUGGUUCCUCCUCACAAGUGCAGAAUACAUUUCCAUUUUGAAGGGAAGCUGACAUUUUAAAAAAUAUAUUUUAAAAAGAGAAUGAAUAGAGAGCUUCAUCUUCUUCCUCUCUUUCUUUUUAAAGUUACACUGAUAUAGAUUAGGGAACUAACACAAAGACUGAGCAUUCAGUGGGUUAUUGAGCUUGACAUCUCCCUGUGGCAACAAAUGACUAAGCGGGAGAACUUCUGGCCAGGCCAAACAUUCACUGGUGGGCUGGAAACUGUAACAGAAAUAUUAGCAAUGGUUUACGUAUCGACCUGUCACACAGAAAGGUAUCUUGGCAAUGGGCAAAAUAUAAAUGCUUGCAACUUUAAGACGACGACGUGUGUUUAGAACAAGAUUGGUUUGUCUGGGGAGGGAUAAAUAAUUAAGAAUGCCUGGUAUAACGUUGCAUCAUGUACCCUUAGAGAAUUGUUCUAUAAUGCAUUGAUUUACCUAUCAUUUUAGAGCAGCUUAUCUUGGUUUGUAGAAGCCUGACAGAGGGUUUGUGUAUGAAGAAGUGUGAACAGGCAGAUGGGGCAGAUGCUGCAUAUUUGAAAAAGCUGGAAGAAAGAAACACAUUUCCAGCAGGAUGAUAAUUGUGAUGGUAUCAAGUAAUAGUAGCAGCAGUAGUAACAACAGUAGCACUAUAUUGGUGGUGGAGGAGGUAGCAAGGGAAGUGAUACUAGAGGCAGUAAUGGUUUCCUGGUGAAAUAUGUGACGUUACACAAGACAACCAUGAUGUGGGUCCACUUAAAUUAGGUACAAUUUCAUCUAAAUAGGCAAAACCUUUGACCUUGUGGAGUCAAUUUGUUAGGAAUUCAGCUCUGCAGCUCCAUUUGCGCAGGGACUUCUUUCCCUGCAAUGAACUUCCUCUUCUUCUAUCCCCUCUAACCCCUGUACUCCCUCAAAAUGGUUGGUGCAAAAAAACCCCACCAUAUAUAUAUAUGUAAAAGAUGCCAAGAUCCAAGUUUGGGGCAAGUACUCUUUGGUGAGAGGACCCCAGCAGAGAUUCCAAAAUGUCCCCUUAAAAAGUUUUCCCCAAAGCUUUCCUCUUCCCCAAGCACGGGGGAAAGACCAGACAUUUGGUAAGUUAAAUAUGGCCUACUCAAAAACUCUCCAAAGGUCUGAUUUGUGUGCUUCAGAAGGUUGUACAGGCUGUAAAACCUGGCUUAGUUACAAAGAGGUGAAAGUUCUGAAAUUAUUGGUAUAGGAACUCAGUAAUGGGGUUGAGUCAUGGGGUUGAGCUGGAGCAGCCAACUCUAACCUCUUCACCCACUGAGCUUCUUAGGUAGACUGGAAGAAAACAAAGGCUUGAUGACCAAGUUCCUCCCAAGGUGCGAGGAAGUAGACAUAACUAAGCCUGGCAGGGAAGCAUAUUCUAUGGUAUUAACUUCUUCAUGCGUUAAUUAGACUUAAGCAUGUUGGCUAUAUAGACUCUCCUCCCUGGAAGAGAGGGGAGUGGUUGUGGGCGGGACCCCGAGCACCGCCCCUAGCAGGGGGCGGUUGCCCCCUGCCUCCACCUCACCUGGCUGGCGCCCACGCCCCCUCUGCAGGCAUCCAACCAGGUGCCUCGGAGGGGGCAUGUUCAGCAGCCUUAUGCUGCGGUGCCAGCCUCUCCCUGGCCUCAUUCUUCGCCGUCGUCUCGUCGCGAGUCACCCACCCUCCACUCCCUUAGAGUUAGGGCUUAGGUCAUUGGCCUUGCUAUGGACCUUAGGUUGGUCGCCCUGGUUGUCCAGGGGGCCUGGUAGGAGUUUUUCCAUUUGGCAUUAGGCUUUUUGGUUUUUUCACCUACCUCGUAGCAAUCAUCACAACUUUUGUGGUAUUGGUGGGUAGGUUAGGCAUUGGAAUAAUGUGUUGUGGUGUGUCGAAGGGCUAGGUGUGGCCAUCGCCUAUGCCUUCAAUUUUUGGGUAUUCCGUUAAAGGAAUCUGGCGGUCGUGUGUUCUGUCCGAUGCCUGCUUGGCGGGAGGCCAUGGCACGACCCUCGGUGACAUCAGGGGGGAGCCUAUAGUUGGAUUAGCAUCAACAGGCUCCACCUACUGGUGAAUAAACCCACGUGUUUUAGAGAUCCAAUGCCUAAGCCAAUACCUUUUCACUGCUGUAAUCAAUAAAGUUGUGGCCUUUCCAUGCCCAUUAACCUUAUAUCACGUGUCCUUGUGUAUUCAUUUCACAUCGCGGGGGUCGGGUCCUCGAACCACAAUAGACUGCUUGUGUCACAAAAAGCAACUCUGGAGAGUAUUGGGACCUUCUGGAUCAGAUAUAGGGGGUGGACACUUCAUCUACUGGAGGACAGUUUCGAUGAUCUUGUAGGGAAGCGCAUAUUCAGAGAACUCUUUGCAUAGGGCCACUAUUUGCAAACCACUUAUCCCAUAAUAGUGUCAUUUUAUGUCUAAAGCUUUCUUGCUAGCUACUUGUUCAGGUAGUUAAUUGAAGUACCAUCCAAACCCUAACACAAAUUUCAUUUAAAUCAGGUCAGAAGUAUGACAGCAGGAAAGAGAAAUCUGUAUGAAAGCCCAAGACAAUGGGACACCUUAUGGUGUGCUCAAACAAUCCACUACAAAACUUCUGGAGAGAAUACUGUUGAAUAUUGUUUUCCUUUGGGUACAUUUUUAAUUAAACUAACAGCAUGGAUGCAAGUUUUAGAUCUCUACUAUUCAACUGGCAGAGAAAGCUAUUUGAAUUUUAACAUCUUCAACUGUUUCAUUUUUGUUAAAUGAGAAGAAAAAAUGCUGCUUUUAUUUGCACGAACAUAGAAAAUUUUUAAUACAAGCAGGCAAUCAUUUAUAAGUCAAGCAUUCCCUGGAGUGCACUGCAAAAAAAAAAAAAGGAAAAAGUAUUAGUCAUAGGAUCCUAAGGAGGUGCUAUUCACCAAGGACCACUGUCCCAGCCUUAUUAAAAUAGAUGUAGGAAGAACUAUAUUCUGCUUUGAGCCAUGAUUCAGAGGGCAACUUAUGCUUCAGCUGAAAAUAUAUUAUUUGUUAAGCAAAAAAAACACACAAAAAAAACAAAAGGAUCCCAUUAAAGAAAACAAAAGUCUUUAGCCAGCAGUACAUUCAGUAUAGAGGUAAUGCUGAAUAAAUUGUUGCAUCUGCCUGUGACUCUCCACUGUGGGCUCAUGACCAAUGGGCUAUGCAGUUAUUAUGCCACAAGACGCCCACUGACUCACCCAAGAGCAACUUCAGAGAGUCAAUAUUAUGGCAUUUCCACAAAGGAUGUUGAGAGGUUAGAGGAAUGGGUUCAGUCAACAUUUGGUGCUAUAUUUCCUUAUUCAUUCAGCCAGCCAGCCAUAGCUCUCUUACAAAAUAAAUAUAAAAGUAAAACAAAAUCCAGAAAAAAAAAUCAUAUCAUUAGCAUUGUAUAUGCAUGGAAUAUUUAUUGGAAUGGGGUAUAUUUGGGUUGUAUACCCCAUUCCAAUAAAUAUUCCAUGCAUAUACAAUGCAAAUAAUGUAGUCAAACAUGAAGUCUACAAAUAGUUUAGAACUGACAGGCAACUUAAGAAAAACUGAGCAUAAAAUAAACACAGAAUUAAAAUGCCUGGACAAAUAAUUUUUUUAAAAAAAGAUUUCUUCUGGCACCAAACAGAAAAUAAAGAUGGCACCAAGUGAAUCUCCCUGUAAAGGAAGUGAUGCAAACAGGUGCUACAACUGAGAAGGCCCUGUCUUCAGAUGUCAGAGUGACAUGGAACAUGGUCUUUAGAUGCUCUGGUCCUCAGGGUUGGCCCAAAACAUUUUGUUCCCGAGCCAGAGCAUCAACUGAGGCCAAAGCCCAAGACCAGCCAAGUUAUCUUAGCACGUGAGGCAAUAAACUAGUAAGUACCCCAACCUGGCAGUAAAAAUAUAAUCACAAUAAAUUAAAUUACUUUUUAUAGUACUCAAAGUUAGCUGCCAAGGUGUCUGUCUCACUCUACCUAAUGGUAGUUAGCAUCUUUGAUUCCAGUCAUUUAUUUUCUGCAGUUAUAUAGCAGCCCCAUAACACGAGCUGAAAUAAUUCAGUCCACACUGUUGAAUUCAACAUAUUUUUGUAUUAGCCUAGUGCAGAAAGCAGAGGCCCAGUUGUGGUGAAUAGUUUAUCCGGCAGUUCAUAAGUUAUUUAUGUACAUACUUGGUUUUUGGAUCAAAUGAGCCUCAAAAUUCCUUGCAUUAGCAACAAAACAAGAUAGUUGUUUGCAGUUCAAAAACUAGCUCCUGGUUUUGAAGGUAUGUUUUUAGAUGUUUCUAGCAUUAUUUCAAAGAAAUUGAGAUUUUACAACCAUUAUCUUUCCUUCCUUCUUUUACUCAUCCCGAAACAGGCUCUAUUGUUAUGUCAGCCUGAAACUGAUUGUAUGAAGUUUGAUGGUAUAGAAAGGUUGAAGGACAGGUUGAAUUUUAAGAGCUCUUCUGUUUGUAGUUUUUGAAAAUUACUUCAAUGGAUCAGAAUAUUUUGUUCUAGGAUAUACAGACCUGCACAUUUAGACUCUUUCUAACUUUUAUAAUAAAUAACAAUGGAUCUUUGAAUAUCCUUUUGGUAUAUGUUCCAUUCAGGUAUAGAAAAAUAGAAAAUCCACUGUAAAUCUUACUUGUUAUUCAUUUAAACUGUGCCCUUAACAAAAGCAUUUCCCCCCACAAUGGAAAGCCUACCUUUUCAGAACUUUGUCUGUUAUUAUAAAUUAUACAUAUACAUAAACUAGGGUUGGAGAUUUAUGCUUGGUGUGACCCUUUUAAUGCUCUGUACUUGCUGUUAAGUUGCAUAUUUUGCUACCAAAGCAUUGUAACUCACCACAAAAUAACUAACGCUGAAAAUUCAGUUAAGUCUCAAAAAAACCCCUAGGCAUCCGUUCUCAGACUUGGCACUCCUUUUGGGAAAUCAAAAUUUUUAUUGCCAGAUAAAUUAAUGUUUCAAAUGUGUGAAUACAGAUGCUGUUUGCAAAUUUGCACAAUCUGUCUUCCAGGGGAAAGAAUUUAUACUGUAUACAGUAAUGGAAAACAGAAAACUGCAUAUUUCACUAAAUUGCAUCUGUAGAGAGAAAGAUUUAUAUGGUUGGUUUUGUCACUGAAACAUGUGGCUCUAAAGCAUUUCACUCGAGUGCUGGAAAUGGGCAUUCUGUGUUGCUAUUCCAGUUAUUCUCUGAUGUGUUCAAAGAAUGGAUCCUCUAUAUCAUAUGCUGAAAAAAUGCACAACUCUUUACUGUUUAUUUGGAAAAGGUAAGUGUCUUUGUAUGAGUGAGGAAUUGGUGUCCAUCUUGACUUCUGUUAAUCUGGGGAAAAAAUCAUUGGAAUGCAGAAUACUGCAAACCAAAUACCUGGUGAGGUGGCUUAUUCAGUCACCAGAAGAAUAACUUCUGGCAACUUCACUGGUACUCAGUCCAGUUUGGGGAUGGUGACAGGGCCGGCCCACCCAUGAAGCAAGGUGAGGCAACUGCCUCAGGUGGCAGCAUACACCAGGUUAGAAGUUCCCAAUGUAGAUCUUUCUUCGCUCAACCCAUCUUCCCAGGGUGGAGGUAGGUGCCCAAACGUCUUGGGACAGCCUUGGAUGGGGGGGAUGUUUUGCAAAGAUAACUCCACCAUAACCGAAACCCCAGUCAUGAUAAGAAAGCUGCAAGCCAAGGCAAACACAGGUUAAAGAAUCCCUGCUUGGUGCUCUGCCCUUACUUUCAACUUGACUAAUCUUUUCUGCCACUUCGUGAGGUCAGUGAAGCUUUGACAGGCCCUUCUGCCUGCUAUUGGAUUCAUCUAAUCACCUCAUUUUAGGGGUUUGGUUUCUCAGUUGAAUGGUAGUUGAGGGGAGGUGGCCCAUGACAGGCAUGAGUUGUUCCAUUUUGUUGGUCAUAGAAUACUUCUCACCCUCCAAUAAUGACAUUACUUGCCCAUUUACCUGGUGGCCUUUUGCAAUCUGUCUGCUAAUUUUACUUGACCUUUUCUUUGCUCAGGGGUGUCAGUAAUGGAGAAUGGAGCCAUACCACGCAGGAGUUUUAAAAAUUGUUUUUGAAAUAAUAGUUCUCUUUAGGUAUUUACUAUCUGGGUUUAAGGGAUGCGGGUAGCGCUGUGGUCUAAACCACCAAGCCUCUUGGGCUUGCCAAUCAGAAGGUCGGUGAUUCGAAUCCCCGUGACAGGGUGAGCUCCUGUUGCUCAGUCCCAGCUCCUGCCAACCUAGCAGUUCGAAAGCACGUCAAAGUGCAAGUAGAUAAAUAGGUAUUGCUCCAGUGGGAAGGCAAAUGGCAUUUCCAUGCGCUGCUCUGGUCUUGGUGUUCCGUUGCGCCAGAAGCGGCUUAGUCAUGCUGGCCACAUGACCUGGAAAAACUGUCUGCGGACCAACACCAGCUCCCUUGGCCUGUAAAGCGAAAUGAGUGCCGCAACCCCAGAGUCGUCUGCAACUGGACUUAACUGUCAGGGGUCCUUUACCUUUAUCUGGGUUUAGUGAACACAUGACAGGAGUCAUGGAUGGGUAUGCUAGAUCCCCCAACUUCACCAUUGUGGUUACUCUCAAUAGCUGGAGCACAACUGUCUGUAGUCAGAAGACUCCUGUGCUCAUGGAGGCUUUGUGAACAUUUUAGAACCCUGAAAGAUCUGGGUUUGAAGCUUCAGAUAGUUGACCUUUGACUCAUGGGCUGCACCUGUAGUGGUCACAACAUCCUUACCCCAUGGCUCCCCUCAUGUGACAACAGUGGAUGUCUGAGGAGGAAUAUAAGAAUGUAGUCUAAGCCCUGCUGGAUCCGUUGAAAGGCCCAUCUAGUCCAGCAACCUGUUCCCCAAACUACAAGAAAGAUGAUUACACCUAAACAUUAGGAAGAACUUCCUGACAGUAAGAGCUGUUCGACAGUGGAAUUUGCUGCCAAGGAGUGUGGUGGAGUCUCCUUCUUUGGAGGUCUUUAAGCAGAGGCUUGACAACCAUAUGUCAGGAGUGCUCUGAUGGUGUUUCCUGCUUGGCAGGGGGUUGGACUUGAUGGCCCUUGUGGUCUCUUCCAACUCUAUGAUUCUAUGAUUCUAUGGUCAGCCAAAUGCCUAUGGGAAGUCUGCAACCUGAGCAUAAGAGCACUCGCCCUGUUUGGGAUUCCCAGCAAAUGCUUCCGAUAGUGGAGGUAGAAUAUAGUCAUUGUAGAUACACACAGUCACACACACACACACAAACAUAGAAAGUGACAGAACCACAAUAGAACACUUUAGCCAAGUACGUUGAUGGUAGUUUCUCACAAUAGUCUUUUGUGUUAUCGUAUAUAUUUCCACCUAACAGAAUCUUCUCCUGCUGCCAUUCCACACAUCCCUCCUGCAACCACUGCCAAUUCUCCUUUUGCUAAAAGGCUUCAAAACAGGAGUGAACUUUUUUUUUCAGCUGUGAAGUAUUGGAUCCAAUUACUCCCAGCAUCUAACAACAGAGUUUAUUUUAAUAGGAUUUGCAGUAAAACAAGGCAUAUAAAAAUCAGAUGCAUAGGCAAAGAAUUUUUCAUCUUUAAUCAUUAAGCUACCAGUACAAAUUGAGCCCUGCAGUUAUUUCGUUCCCAAAGGAGAUCAGAGAUUUAAAGAAUUCAAGGGAUUAAACAUUUGUGUUUGAGUGAACAUGCUAAGUGUUUUUUGUGCCCGAUAUCAUUAAAAAUGUAUUUCUUUCAAUACUUUAUUUUAAGUGAAUACAAUACGCUUGCUUUCCCGGCUGCCAUUCUUGCCAGACACUAAACUCCGAUAGCAUAUAUUCUCCACUGAUGUCUUUUGAAUAUCUAAUUUCUAAAACAACAUUACUUUGUGUGUCGUUUUGAACUCCCAGAUUACAUGAAGUGCAGGCCACCUUUUAUUUACACACACACACACCCCAAACCUUAUUUGUUCACACAUAGACCUGGUCAUCUACAUUUACACAUGCUCUUCAUAAUCUACAAAUCAGUUAUUCCAAUCAUAUGCUGAAAAAUCUCCUUGGCUCCCUCCUCACCCCAUAUUCAGGAUGCCGAAAGAUUGCUGUUUGUGAUGAGCUGCAAUGGGAGAGGGGUGGGGCUCUAAACACCUACACCUGCCACCCUCCAUUUCUCCUGCUAGACCUGCAAGCACAGGUCUAUUUGCCACUCACCAUCAGGGAAGCCAGCCCACGAUCUGAGGGUGGUGGUGUUUGUGGAAAGCUGCAGGUGCCACUACUUCCAACCUACGGUUAGCAGAGCUAUGAAGCAGGGAUUUAGAUGGCACAGUGGAAUGCCACCUGGCAGGCCAACCCCCAAAAGCUGACCCCGAAGAAAAAACACCAAAGGGGGUUUUAACUUUGGGAAAAUAUAAUAGAUUUCUUUCAUUGUAUGUAGUAUGAAUUGAAAUAAGAGGGAGGGUGAAUGUAUGGCAUACUGUACAUAGGUUUUGUGCUUUUGGGGUGCCCAAUGUGAAAGACCUCCUGGGUUUGAGAUAGGGAAGAGGUUGUUUUUUGUCCCAGGUUAGUUUUGGGGUGGAAUGUGUGUAUAAUAUACUGUACACUAUGCUCAGAUUGAUCAUAGGAAUAUUUAUGGUGGGCUCUAGGAAAUCAGCCUAUGGUGGGCUGAUGCCUUCAAAGGCACAUGGUAUAAUUUGUUUCUUUGAAUUAUUUUAGCAGGAUUAUCUGGAUACAGGAUGUGGCUUGGAGGAAGAUUGGUGGGAGGGUGUUGUAGAACGACCUGUUUUAGUGAUCAAUGGGAAGGAUAGGCAUGGCAGAGGUGCGAUGAAAGGUGUACUAUCCCUGGUACUGCUGGAUUCUCUACCACUGUAUCUAACAAUCUGCUGGUUCUGCUGUUGAAUGUCAGGUUGGUCCACAACCAUUCCGAGUCAUGAUUUGAUUGUGGACAAAAGAGCUGACCUGGUGUGUAUCACAGAGACCUAACUAAGGGAGCUGGGUGAAUCAGAGCUGACUCAGCUCUGUCUGCCCAGAUACUUAGUGCAACACCAGCCCAUACUGAAGGGCGGGGGAAAUUAGUGUUGUGGUACGUAGGAGUUCCCUUCCUAAUACCAGGACAUCCCUCUCUUUUGGAGAAGGACUGGACCACUUGAAUUUGGUGGUGCACCAAAGAGACAGCUAAGGGAUGCAAAGCUUAGUGUUCCCCAUCUGGCUGCUCAACAGCCUCCCUGACUGAGGUUGUUGUAUGUAUGGGCAGAACAUUAAUUUGGGAAAAACUUAAGUUUGGUUUGGGAUUUCAUGCUCUCUGUGGCAAUAAUAGUACCACAUCAAAUGGUCAUCAGUCCAAUGCACAGAGCGGGGCAUCCUCUUGGUUAGUAGUUGCUUAAUGCGGGGGAAAGGGUGCUCUGGUCUGGAAAUAGGUGGGGUGGACAUCACCCCAUUGCCAUUGUCAGACCACUUGCCAAUGAGGUUUUGACUUGUGGAGGUGAUGAACCAGUUAGGAUGCUAGAUAGAUUCCCAUCUUCUCUGGAUGAUUUUCAAGUGGGUUAUAGCAGGUGAUCCUCUCCAUACCGUCAUGUCAGUAUGGAAUAGUGAGACACAUAUGGCCAUUGACACCAUUGAUCCUGCUGGUUCUCUCUGGCCCACUGUGAAGCCCACUUUGCUCCUUGGUAUAUUAAGGAACUGUGGUCAGUGAAGUGGACUAGGUGCAGCAGCAGCAGCAGCAGAAGAAGAAGAAGAAGAAGAAGAAGAGGAGUUUGGAUUUGAUAUCCCGCCUUUCACUCCCCUUCAGGAGUCUCAAAGCGGCUAACAUUCUCCUUUCCCUUCCUCCCCCACAACAAACACUCUGUGAGGUGAGUGGGGUUGAGAGACUUCAAAGAAGUGUGACUGGCCCAAGGUCACCCAGCAGCUGCAUGUGGAGGAGCGGAGACGCGAACCCGGUUUCCCAGAUUACGAGACUACCGCUCUUAACCACUACACCACACUGGCUCUAAGGGGCAUAAAUCUCACUCCAGAACAAUGUGGGCUCCUAAUUUGGGCUCAUAGUUGGGGCCUUCCAUGCGGUUCUCAGGGCAGUGAUGAGAUCCUACAUCACUGCCUCCAUUGCAUCUGCAAAGAGCUGCCCAGAGUUGUCCCAUGUGGUCCAGAGCUUGGUCAAUGAGUCACGCAUGGACUUAUGUGGAGAGUGUUAAACCCUUUUCUGUAUGUGAAACAUUACUCAUCUCCUAAUAUUGAUCAAAUUAUUCAUAUUAUUUUCUGUCCUUUUUUUAAAAAAAGAAAGAGGUAUCCAGAUGAGACUCAAUGUGUGGCAGAACAUGUUUAGGCAUAAGUCAGAGAGAAGGUGAAGGAGUGAGAGAAGUUGCAGAUGACAUUUGACUGUUGAACUGAGAAUAUGUAUCUAUAAUUCAUCUGGAAAAUAAGAAGUAAACAGCACAUUAAUUAAAAGUGAAGAUAAUAUCAAACUGCAAUAGGUUGGGAGUACCGCUGAGAAGGGAUACAAAGGAAAGUGACCUAGAAAGGUUGUGGGGGAGAGAGGAAAGGGAAAAUAACUUGGAAAAAUGUACUAUGGAAAAUACAGAAGCAUAAGAAAACAAGGGCUGCUGAGCACAGAAGGGUGGAACAGAGUUGGAGGAAAGACAAGUUCAUUCACAGCUUGCAUGUGAAGUUUGGAUGUGAAGGAAAGUUAUUGUACGAAAUGAAGGUAUUGCUAAUUUUUGUAGAAUUCGAUUGCUUACUAACGCUCAAUCAAUGGUCAUUAGAUACUACUAGAGUUGGGUGGAGAUGCCUACACAAUGUUUUUGCUUUUUCUGAGGACCGGAACAUCUUUCUCUAAUAAGCAUCGAUGGUGAGUACAGAUGCUUGGAUGGUGUCUGGAGAGAAAGCAUUUUGGGAAUUUGUAUGUAUUUGUAUCCAGCGAAGGAAACAGAAGUUAGAUGCUCCAAUUGUUUGUCGCAUGUUUUGAGGUAGCAGAUAGUGCUUUUGAGGGAAUUUAUGCAGAUUAGCACUGUCUAGUACUAAGACUAAGGGACGCGGGUGGCGCUGUGGGUUAAACCACAGAGCCUAGGACUUGCCGAUCAGAAGGUCGGCAGUUCGAAUCCCCGUGACGGGGAGAGCUCCCGUUGCUCAGUCCCUGCUCCUGCCAACCUAGCAGUUCAAAAGCACAUCAGAGUGCAAAUAGAUAAAUAGGUACUGCUCCGGCGGGAAGGUAAACAGUGUUUCCGUGCGCUGCUCUGGUUCGCCAGAAGUGGCUUAGUCCUGCUGGCCACAUGACCUGGAAGCUGUAUGCCAGCUCCCUCGGCCAAUAAAGCGAGAUGAGCGCUGCAACCCCAGAGUCGUCCAUGACUGGACCUAAUGGUCAGGGGUCCCUUUACCUUUUAGUACCAGGACUGUAUGCAUUUGUCUUUAUGAUAUACACACACACACACUCUUCCAGGUCACUUUGAGUAUAGAGUCAUAGGCAGAGUGGCUCAGUGGUAGAGCAGCUGUCUUGCAUGCAAAAGGUUGAGGGUUCACUCCCCAGCAUCUCCAACUAGGACAGGGAGAGACCCCUGUCUGAAACCCAGGAUAGCUGCUGGCAGUCAGUACCAGAUAAGGCAGCUUCCUGUAUUCCUUUUUUGGUCUCCAAGUCAUCUCAAACAGAUAAAUAUCAUCACCUUUUUUUUGCCUUGCAAUGCCAGAGUUCAGCACAGCAGCAGAAAAGGGAAGGCAGUGGGCAUGUGUAAUUUGCCAAUUUUCCAUUAAAAACAUAAAUCCAUGGCAACCUCAUUAAGAUCAUGAUUCCUGAGUUGUACAGAUGAAAUACAUUCACUCAUAGCUUUGCGGAUGGCAAAAGUAUAUCUGGAUGGGUUAAAAAAAGCUCUUCAGUCAUAUUCAGAGGCAUUCAAUGCCAAAUAGACAAAGCUUUGUCAGUUUAAAGAAAGAGAGAGAGAGAGGAGAGAGAGACAGAUUUUGAACAAAGAUGAAGGAUAGAGAAAUAGUAAAAAGAUAAUAUUCUCACUGAUAUCUAACACUUUCAUAUUUUAAUAAAAGUAUUAUCUGAGCUGUGAGAUAAUGACUGAAAGGUUUGAUCAGGAUAAGUAAUUUAGCAUCUUGGUUGAAGCUGUGCUAUCAGUUUCAGAGUGAGGCAAUUUAAAAUGAUUUUCUCUCGAGCAGCUAAACAUCCCAAGUGCUUUUGUCAUGUCUGAUGGCAACAUUUUGCAUGAGAAAUAUUAUUCCUGUAACAGACAAGUCUUAUACAGCUUAAAUGGUGGUUUGUUUGUUUUCAAAGCCUUAAAACAUUCUUAGUUGUUGGCUCAGCACAUCAUAGGAACAGAGUAGACCAUAAAUGCAACUUAGGCCCUAUGCAUUGAAAGCACUGGCAUGCAACUUUAAACGUUCAUCUCUCCCCCCCGCCCCAGUAUCCUCAGAACUGAAUUCAAUGGGACUUAGGUAUCUAUAGCCAUGUAUAGGAAUGCACUGUGAACUGCAUUUUCAAAUGUAUUUGUAAGGUGCUGGAGUGCCCAUCACCUCCAAGCCUAACUAUCAAAUACACAUUAGGAUUUUUAUUAAUAUGUAUACAUAUUCUACUAUGUUAAGAAGUAGACAAAGAGGUAGAUAAAGAACCAGUUCUCAAUAUUUUGCUGAGGGAUUGUAAAUGUCAACUUUGUUUUGAGGAAAUGUUUGGUUUUCGUUUUGGUUCUUUUUGAGCAUUCUAAACAGUAACAAAUGCCUUUUGAUUCACUUACAAAUUAUAAGAGAAGAGGCAUGAAAUUUUCCUAACCUUUCUUGCAGCUCUAUAAAUCACAAACAGACAAGAAAGUUAAGUACUGCUUCACUGGAAAAAAACCCCCACAGCAGACAGAUGUAGCACACAUUCCCCUCAAAAUAAUUCAGAACCAGUUUCAAUUUAUCAAAUGCCUACUUUAUCUGUCAAAACAAUGUCCUUUCUCAACUAAAGGGCAUUGUUUCUGCAGCAAAGGAAAAAAAAGUUCUGAUGCAUUGUUAUCUGCAAAUGGAUGUUGGAAUAAUGGAACAACAGGCAGUGUUUCAAACGAGAUCAAAGGGCAAACUGCACUGCAAAUCUUGUUAAAAUAAAUUUAGUCAAAAAUGUUAAUUUCCCAUGAAGGCACAUCACCUAACUAACUUCUCCACAUUGGUCUAAGAAAAUAAAUAAAUAAGGUGACAUUUGUUUAAUUUAGACACAGGGCACAUAUGUACAUACCCAUGAUUAUUCGGGGAGAACAGAAUGGUGGAGUGGAACAUGCCUGUUCUAAGAUCUGCCAGCAGCUUUGGCUGGGGGGAAAUGUUUGCAAUUGCUUUAUUUGAAUCUGCCACAAAUUUCUGUGCAAUGAGUAGACCAUAAUGGGCCCAUGUGGCUGAAGGAACUGUUAAUAUUGAAAGCAUUCUGUUUAUCUCAAUGUUGAACGUUUGAAACCAAUCUUCUUUUCACCUAGGUUCUAAAAUUAAACUAAUAAUAAUCAAGAAAUGUUUUGAGCGUGAUGUCAAAUCCAACUGAUUUAAGUGGGAGAAUUAAGUUAAAAGUAAUGGAGCUUCUUUUAACCUGUGAUUCUCCAGAUUUUCUUGAACUACAAGUCCCAUCAUUCCUGAUCAUUGGCCAUGCUGGCUGGGUGAAUAGAAGUUGGAGUUCCUUGUUUUAACAUACAUACAUACAUACAUACAUACAUACAAUGUAUUUUAUGGUAAGAGGGACACUUACACUAGGUGCAACUUGGUCAGUGUUGCAAAAUGACUGUUGAAGACAAUGACCCCCAGGAUUAGCUUUUUAAAGCAAUGCUGGAGGAGGAGAAAAGUCACGACUACAACACGCCUGUGGUUCUUCAGAUCAAUUCCAUCAAUUCCAUUUCUCUCUCUCUCUCUCUCUCUCUCUCUCUCUCUCUCUCCAAUGAUUAGAACACUUUCAUGCUUUAAUAUACAGAAUAAUUAAGCAUGACUCCAAGAUGAUGUACAAAAAAAUCAGACACCAGUUUGCUCAGAGAUUUAAUGGCAGCAGUGAACCAGGCAGAGUGACCAUACUUGCAGCUUCUUGUUGCUUCUGUGUUUUAAAGCUGCUGAAUUUUGCUGGUGGGCUGAAGGAAAGCUGAGGACAAUGCCAUAUAGGGUACUGGCAGCAAGCAAGUUUCUGUUCAGGAUUUUAGGCAUCGCUUCCAUAUAAAGACAAGAAAAUGUUUCUAAGUUACUUUCAGACAAUUUGUUUCACACCGUGCAAGUUUUUGUUGUUGUUUUGCAGCUUUUAUCCACUGUUUUGUUGUUGUUAGUCAUGUUUGACUCUCCGUGACCCAUGAACCAGAGCAUGCCUUGGAAACUCUCUCUUUCUUCUCAAAGCUCCUCCUUUUUUUUAUGUUCAUGGAGUUUUCUUGGCAAAAUACUGGAGUGAAUUGCCAGUUCCUUCUCCAGGUGGAUCACAUUCAGUCUAAACUCUCGGCUAUGAGCUGUCCAUCUUGGGUGGCCCUGCACGGCAUAGCUCAUCGCUUCUUGGAGCUAUUCAAGCCCCUUUGCCACAGCAGGGCAGUGAUCCAUGAAAGGGUUAUCCACUGUUACUCUGGUUGCUAAUAUUUGCGUUUGAUUGUAUUAUACUAAGUUUGAAUUCAUUUUUAUCAAUGAUUUUGAACACUGCCCUGAGAUGUGUUUUGAGGAAGCAUGGUAUAGAAACGUUUUAAAGAAGCAAGCAAAUGUUUCCUAUGUGAACUGGGCUUUUUGCCUAGGCAGUGGCAGACUUUGAGCUCCCAAAUUUCAGCGGCGCCUUGUUUGACGCUAAAAUUUGAUAACCCCCCAGCUCUUGCUCUCUGUUCCACAGUAUUGUUUUGGCUCCCCCCGCAGCAUGGCACCCCUGCACCAGUCAUGCAACCCCAAAAGUACCUCUGGCCUAGGUUAGGGGGUGCCUAGGUCCAGGUAUCACUGGUAAGGAAGGGACUUUAAGCUCUGUUCAACCCAAACGCUCGAGCGCCUGGAGGGAUAAAUUACAAUUAAUCAUGGAAUCAUAGAAUUAUAAAGUUAGAAGGGACCCUAAGGAUCAUCUAGCCCAACUCCCUGCAAUGUUGUCUCAUACGGGGAUCAAACCUGCGAACUUGGCGUUAUCAGCACCAUGCUCUAACCAACUGAGCUGGUCAGCAAGUGUUAUAUCCUCUCCUACCUAUGAAAACCCAUCCUAUACAUCUACAUCUGGGGUCCCAAGGUUGAAGGACAAGGAUCUAAGCCUACAUGGGUCCUACAUGGACAAGACUUUCAAAGGCACUACCCUAGACUUCGCUGUUUGAUAGCCCUUUAUUAUGCUUGCUAUUUCCGUCAGAAAGAUAUAGAUGUAACACACCUUAUAGAUACUUCAGUGCUCUUCUUGAUGUACAUCAAUAUUGGCUUCUACCCCUGCAUAUACACCUCAACAACUAUAUUGUAUUUGAAAUUGUGGUGGAGCUGCCUUUGAUGGACCAUUAGAAUAAUGCAAGGACUUGAAGAAUAACCAUUAAUCAAAAUUUCUUGAUAAUGGAUUAUCUUAAAAGGCAACAUCUCAUGCUUUUCAAUAAACAUUUUCUUCAUAGGGCUCAGUACAAAAUGCAAAUAAUUUGUUUUACUGCUCUCUCUUAAGCAACCCACUCUCUCUGUAACUUUAAGUGCCCGAGUAAUAGCAUCUCCUCAGGGUGGGGGCACCAAAUCGUGAAGCUGUAUUUGUCUUUUACCUGAAAGUAAAAUGGCUGGAUUUAAGAAUGCAUCUACUUUAUGGUCCUGCCUCAAGAGCUUUCGUCUGUUCUGGCCCUCUGCAUCUGAUUGAUUGAUCUACAUCAGUCCACCUGCUAAUGUGUUACUGCAGAAGCAAAUGUGAGCAGAAAGCAUGCAAAACUCAGCAUAGUGACGUCUUAAAAAGACUUUCAAGUGGACCUUGACAUAUUUCAAUGACUUCCUUAGAUGUAAAGUCCUGAUGGAGUUCUGUAUGUUGGCUAUUUGCAGCAGCCAGGAAACCCUGAGCAGAAUCCGCCAACACACUGGUGAGCGAGGAGUGAGUGCACUUUCCUAUUGAUUCUUGAAAAGUUGUGAUUCCAUCACAGCAGCAGGGCCAGUUCACAUCAAUGGUUUGGUGUGUGGAGCUGAACAUGGCAGAGUCAUGCUAGAACCUACCUGUGCCAGUAUAUGGCAUAGUCUGGGUGUCCUUGUCCCACCUGGGCUAAUUUGUGAUUGGCACUUUAUAGAUUAUUUUUUAUAGAGCAGUGAUGGAGAACCUGCUGUUGUUUAGUUAUUUAAUUGUGUCCGACUCUUCGUGACCCCAUGAACAGCACACCAGGCACUCCUGUCUUCCACUGUCUCCCGCAGUUUGGUCAGGCUCAUGUUUGUAGCUUCGAGAACACUGUCCAACCAUCUCGUCCUCUGUCAUCCCCUUCUCCUUGUGCCCUCCAUCUUUCCCAACAUCAGGGUCUUUUCCAGGGAGUCUUCUCUUCUCAUGAGGUGGCCAAAGUAUUGGAGCCUAAGUUUUAGGAUUUGUCCUUCCAGUGAGCGCUCAGGGCUGAUUUCCUUCAAAAUGGAUCGGUUUGAUCUUCUUGCAGCCCAUGGGACUCUCCAGCACCAUGAUUCGAAAGUAUCAAUUCUUCUGCAAUCGGCCUUCUUUAUGGUCCAGCUCUCACUUCCAUACAUCACUACUGGGAAAACCAUAGCUUUAACUAUAUGGACCUUUGUCGGCAAGGUGAUGGCUCUCCAAAUGUUGUUGGACUACAACUCCCAUCAUUCCUGGCAACUGACCAUGCUGGCUGGAGCUGUUGGGAGUUGGGAGUCCCACCCUGCUAUUUGAGCAUGCACAGAAACAUUAUAUUUAGCACCAAUGUAACCAUGAUAACGGUAAUUAAAAUAGUUCCAUUUUAUUUUAAUUAAGGGUAAUUCUGACAAUACUUGAAGUUGAUGCUCAGUUGUCUGAUGCAAAACUGUUUUGCAAAGGUUAAAUUAACUGUGACAUGAAGUAGAUAUCUAAAUAAAUAAAUCAGAAACCAGUGCAAAUAUUAAAAUGAAAUACUGAACGAACACAUGCUUUGUUUAAAAAUGGUAUUGAUGCUGUCCACUUUGAAACAGAUUAAACUCAUGUACACAUAAAAGUUAACUGAUAGCAUUUGAGCCAACUGCUUUGAUUAUAGCAUCUGGACAAAUUUUAAACACAAAUAUCAACACUGCCUGAUUUUUGUCUCUUCUGUAUUGUUUAACUACAUCAAUGCAAUUUGCAUUCCAUUUGUUUUUAAUAUACAAAUCAAUAUCCCCUCGCAUCUCUUUACCUUUACUUUGAAAUAAGCACACUUCAUAAGAAUCCAAAGUGCUUUGGAUUGUGUAACUUCAAAAGGGGAACUUGCACAGAAAGUGAAUCUUCAUCUUACCCUUCUAGAUGGGGCUCACAUGUGUUGCAGUGGGAGAUGGGGGUGGGGCUCUGCUGCUCAACUGCCCUCCCUCUGGUUGCAUCACAAGAUGGGGAGAUGGUGGCAGCAGCAAGGCCGGCACUGUUCAAUGUGCUGGUGGAGUCAGUUUGGGAUUUAUGCUUGUGCAUUUGCUACAUUGAAUUUGGCACCAUCUCCACCUCUACCCUCCAUCUUGGUAUGCGGCAGCAACACAAAUGGAGGGAGUUCAGGUGAGUGGCUCAGCCCCACUUUGCCAUCCACUACUGGUGAUUUGCUCAUCAAACACAACUGUAGAAACACGAAGGAACAUGACCUGACUCAUCCAUUUGGUUAUGGAUUAAUUUUGUAACAUUUCAAGGCUAUCAGAGAACGUGCAUUAUGACAUUCUGCACGAUGUCCGGGCUAGACAUCUCAAAUAGAAUAGAAUAUCUAGAAUAUCUGUAUGCAAAUAUACUUUUGUAUGCAAAUUUCAUGGGGCAUGAGGGGCAUGAAGAAAUGCUUACAGGCCUACAAUGUUUUAGUGCCGGAGGCAGAUGAUGAUGAUGAUGAUGAUGAUGAUGAUAAUCAUUUAAAAUGUUGUGGCUUCAUAUCAACAAGCAUUCCCUAAGCAGAUCACAUGGACCUGAUGGUGCAAACAAAUCCGUACGUUGGUCUCGUUCUGCUGCAGUGCAUUGUUAAUGUCAUUUGUUUAUGCCACAUCACCUUUAGACUAUACUGAAAGUUAGGACAUAUACACAUUGUAAAAAUAAUAAUUAAGUGGCAAUUGCCUGCCUUUUAAUUGUGCCCGAAACCUGGUGCUUGAAGUGCUCACCAAACUCUAGUUCAUAAUUAAUACUUGGCUCUUCUCUCUAAAUAGGACAUUUCUCUUUAAGUGAUUAUCAUAUCUACUUGGAUAGAGCCAUUUUUAAAGAUUUUUUAUGAAGAAUAAUGACAGGGUUAUUUAUAGGUUCUUGAAGCAGAUUAGGUUAAGCUUUCCCAAAAUGAUAAUUCAAGAAGACUAAAGUCAGCAGUAAAAUCCUGCCACCAGAGCCGAAUAACAGUUGUCAAUAUCAGUUUGCAGUGAUUCACGUUAAACUGUUUUGAUAAUCUCAACGGCAUUCCCCCGAGUUUUGAAUCAAACCUUGGGUACUAUUAAAUCAUAACUCUCCGAGAAAAUUAAUUUGAAAUGGCCAUGUUACGCUUAGCUUCCAUUGAAAUGGCUCCCUCUAGCCAACCAUAUACCAUUCCUCAAGGUACCUUCCGAUUGCAGAUAACCGGUUUUAAAAGGCUACGACCUAGUCUAAGCCUUUAGGGAGAAGGGCAAGCUAUCAAUCCAAAUCAAUGAAUGAAAUAAAUAACUAAAUGUGUGCUUGUAAUUUUUUCUCAAAUUGGAACUGUGUUUUUUUAAAACAACAACAACACACAACUUAAAUUUGCAUAAAAUGUACUGAUAUUGCAUAAAUACACUGAUAUUCAUUACAUUACAUGGCAUCUGUAGAACUACUCUGUCUCUUGCUUUUCUUGAAUUAAUUAAUUACAGCCCCCCCGGGGGGGGGGAGAGGGUUGUUAUCAGGACCACAGCGUAUAGAGAGGGGAAGUUGGAACUAAUGUGAACUUUCCCCCCUAAAUCUUGUAGCAAUGGGGUAUGUGUGUGAUUUGGGAGGGUUGUGGCCCUGUCCAUUGCAAUCUCAAUAACACAUCUGUAAUUAAAGAAAAAUGAGCAGCCUUAACACGAUACCUUAACAUGCUAUUUAACUUGUAAAGUAUUCUAUGAGGUGUGGCUAUGAUGUCAUGAAAAUGGGCACUGUCUUAAGAAGGGGGUGGCCAGGAUGGAUUUUAAUAAAUAUUGAACUCCCUUUUAAAUUGAUCAGUAAUAAUACUUAUCAAUAGUGACACAAUACUUUCUAUUGUUCUAAGCAUUUCACUCAUUGUCACAGUUAAUCUAUAGAAGAACAUUUUGAAGUAGAUCAGAUUUUUUGUUCCCUUAUUGUGAACUGGGGCUGAAACCCUUUUGUCCGUUCGUUUGGCCUAGUAAAUUCAUAAAGCAAAGUUGAAAUUUGAACCAGACACUGCUCAUAGUUCAAUCUCUUAGCCACUAUUCUGUGGGAUUUGGCACCCAUCCAGUAACAUAAAAUGACUCACAAGUUAUCAGUUCAUGUAACUUAAUGGCCAUUUGAUGUGUGUGUGUAUUCUGUUACAUUUUGACAUUGCAGUAAAAAAUUAUCUAUAUUCUAAAUAUUAUUUUGAAUUUCACUAAGUGCGCAAAUGUAAGAAACUAAGAACAAAGUCAAUAUAUUACAUGAACAGCAGGUCCCCAGUAUUUUUUUCUUUAAAAAAUGUAAGUGGCUACACACAGUUGGACUGAUUGCUUGUUUCCUUAUUUUGAGAAAAAUCCAGACAAGUGGCAAGUUACUCCAUCUAAUUCUUUCUAUAAUGCUGCUAUAUAUCAGUAGGUACUGUAUAUUAUCUGAGUUUAUAAUGAGUUGUAUUAAGUGAAAGAUUCUUUUCUUGUAUUUUUAUGUUGUUCUUCACUCUAGGAUGGGAACAGUUAUGGACCACAGGUAUGAAGUUUACGGCAUGCAAUGCCUUAAGAGAGAAUAUUAUGAAAAUGAUAUACAGGUGGUACAUGACCCCAGUCAAGCUUGC